UUAAGGUGAAAAAUGGAAGCUAAUAAUAAAGAAAACCGACCGCCCAACCCAAGAGCUAAAGCAAAUUGCAUAGAAAUACUUACAUUCAGGUAAAUUUGCAGGAUAUCAAAAUCAAAUGAUUGAAUUUAAAUAUUCAGUUAAUUCUUUUAAUAUUUACAACGAUUUGUAUUCAAUAGAUCGUAAUAAUUGAACAACUUUUUUUUCUGUUGUUAAGGUCGUUUUUAGAUUCAUUAUGGCUUAAUAUACAUGUUUCAAUUUAUCUCAAUCUUGAGCUAAUAAUUCUCCAUCUUGUAUUUUAAUUUCUAUUCGACUUUUCCUAACUUUGGCUUCCAUACAUCCCAUAAGUGGUCUUUUGCUAUUGGGUUCCCAUUUUAUAUUACUCCUAAGCAAAGUUUAUAAACAUUAAUUAUAUAGGUAUUAGGUUCGUAAUAUUGUACUCGUAAGAAAUAUCUUACGAGUAUAACGAGUUUCAUAAUUUUUUUUAAAUAUAUGUGUAGUCUUAUAUUAUGAUUAAAUUAGCUGGAUUUUAAAACUCUUCAAAACUGGAUAUAAAAGAGAUUUAGAAGAAAACGAUGUAUACAAUACACUAACAGACCACGAGUCAUCGCCAUUGGGCAGUGAUUUAGAAAAGUAAAUCUAUGUUAAUAAUAAUAAUAGUUACCUAUAUAUUUUACUACAUUUAUCUAAUUGUAUUUCAUGAAUUUCUUUUAAAGGAGAUGGAGAAUUGAACUCGUUAAUGCAAAUAGAUCUAAUCGAGAGCCCAGUCUGCUUAGAGUUAUAUGUAAAAUGUUUGGUUUUAUGUUAGUGAAAAGUGGAUUAAUACAAAUGUUCGUUGAAGUGGUACUGAGGUAAAUAUAAAUUGCGUACUACUAUUCGUAUAAUCGUACAUCGAUUAUAAAUUUUACAAAGAAAUCUUAAUUGAGAUAAAAAUGUGUAGGAAAUACCGUUUAGAGUUAUUAACUUAUAUACCUAUGUAAUUUUAUGCAGAGUGUUUCAACCUAUACUCAUCGGUGGAUUAUUAACAUAUUUUACCUCUAGCGGAUCUAACACUACCAACAUAAGAGACGCAUACUUGUAUGCAACCGGUCUCUUGGUUAACAUGUUGCUUAAUAUUUUAUUGUUUCAUAAUUCUCAAAUUGAAAUGAUGCAGAUCGGCAUGAUGCUACGAAUUGCCUGUUGUUCAGUAAUAUUUAAGAAGGUAAACCACGAUAAAAAAAGUAAAAUGAAAAUAAGUUUGUGAAUAGAUAGGAAUUUGUUUAAUUUUCAUUUGGUGAUAAGGAGAUUCUCUUAUGAUGCUGUUCGUCACGAAAGCAAGCAAGUUUUAAAAUAUAAAAUUAACUUUAUAUAUAAACACUUACAAUUUAAUUUGAUAUUGCAUUCAAAAAACGGCUUCAAGUAAAACUUGGUUAAUUUAAGUUUUUAUAAUAUAAUAUUCUUUUUAAAUUUAUGUCUCACAAAAUUAUUAAAUAAAUCAAUAAUAAUAGUUCAAUAAUUUAUAUUAUAUAGGUUGUCCUACGAAUCAUUACAAUAUCUUGGAAAAUAUUAACUGUUUUCGUAUUUUUUUUUUACACUUUAAAAAAACGAGUACCUCAUUCUGAAACGUUACAUUUGCCCUUAUUUUUAAGCUUUUUUGAGGAGGAACGAACCGACUAUCUAAUUUUGAUUUUCAAAUGACAACCUAUAUUUAAAAAGAGAAGGUACUAGAUAGAUAUGAUUUUAUUGGAGCAAUAUUUUUAUUAAAAAAAGUAAAUUGCAUACCAUAGUAAAUGAUUACGCUACGCUCCGAAUCUAAAAUUUAAAGUAUUAGUUUAAAUACACGGUCUUGAUAUACACUGGUUUUUUUCUAUCUAUUUUUUGUAUUAAAUUUGGGGAUUUAUUUUUAUUAUUCAGGCAUUACGAUUAAGCAAAACGUCUCUGGGUGAAACCACGAUAGGGCAAGUAGUCAAUUUGUUAUCAAACGAUGUAAAUCGAUUUGAUAUGAUAUGCAGAUUUCUUCAUUUUAUAUGGAUCGGACCGCUAGGAACAAUUGUUAUCACAUAUCUUUUGUGGAAAGAAAUCGGCAUAUCGUCGUUAAUUGGAGUAACUGUACUGAUUGCGAUUAUUCCAUUACAAGGUCAGUGCUUGAAAUGUAUAAAAUAAGGUACAUAUAAACUUAUUUAUUAGUGACCAAUAAUUUAAAUAACUAUUUUAAAUCGAAUUAUUUUGUAUUAUAUUUUUAACACAUUGUAUUUUCAGGAUGGUUGGGAAAAAAAACUUCUGAAUUUCGAUUAAAGAUAGCACCGAUGACUGAUGGUCGAAUAAAGUUAAUGAAUGAAAUUAUUAUGGGCAUACAAGUGAUUAAAAUGUAUACUUGGGAAAAACCGUUCACAUAUCUAGUGCAAAAUGCAAGAAAGUAUGUGUUCGAAUUUAUUUUAAUUUUUGAAUUUUAUAAAAUAUUUAUUUAAUUCAUUAUAGGAUGGAAGUUAAACAUCUUAGAUCAGCCUCACAUAUCAGAGUUGUUUUAAAUUGUUUCAAAAUAUUUCAUACAAGACUUGCGUUAUUUAUAAGUAUUUUAGCGUAUAUAUUAUUAGGAAACACCAUUGAUACACAAAAAGUGAAUAAAGUUUCAUUAAAAAUUAAAUUAAAAGAAGUAAUUUUAAUUAUAAUGAUCUUUUAGGUAUUUAUCGUUAUUUCAUACUACAAUAUAUUACUAACAACAAUGACAGUGUUUUUCCCUGCAGCCAUUGGGAUGUAUGCUGAGACAAUAAUAUCUGUGAAACGUAUUCAGGUAUAUAAAAAAAAUAAAUCUAUUUAAAAUAAAAUUUUCUACUCAGAAAAUAAAAAAAAUAAUUUGUAUAAAUAGUAGUAAUAAUACAGUAAUAUUUUUGUUUAUAAAUCAUAUAUAUAUAUAUACAUAGAUAUAAUUAUGUGUAUAUCUGUUUCAAGGAUUUUUUAUUAUUUGAUGAAAAAGUUAAAUCGAUUGCACCGUCAGAGAAAUCAGAAGACAAACUAACUAAUGGUAUGAAGUUAUCAACAGUAAAAGACGAACAUUUUGCAACUAACAACACUGAUAAUCAAAAUACCAUCGAACAAUCAAAUGAAACUGGUAUAGUAAUUUCAAAUGCAUCUGCUAAAUGGAUAAACGACCACACAGAUAAUUCUUUAAAUAAUAUUAAUUUAACUGUAAAAUCUGGGCGGUUGGUUGCAAUAAUUGGACCCGUGGGAGCAGGAAAAGUAUAACAGAACUGAAUAAAAUAAUGUCUGUAUAAUAUUGUGAACUACCGUCGAAUGAUUUUCAGAGUUCGCUGAUACAUGCAAUUUUACAAGAGAUACCACUAUCUCAAGGAAAUAUUUCUGUGCGUGGCGUUGUAUCUUACGCAUCGCAAGAACCGUGGUUAUUCAAUGCUUCGAUACAACAAAAUAUUUUAUUUGGUUCCCCAAUGGAUACAGAACGUUAUAAAACAGUAAAAAUAUUUUUAAAUAUUAUACAUUUUACAAUAGCAAUAGUAAGUAAUCAUGUUUUCAAAUUAGAUUGUAGAGAUAUGUGCGUUAAACAGAGAUUUCAUGCAACUUCCAUAUGGUGAUAGAACCCUUGUAGGAGAUAGGGGGGUGUCUCUAAGUGGUGGUCAAAAAUCAAGAAUUAACUUAGCAAGGUAAGUAAGAUAAUUUUUUUAAGUAUUCAUAAUAUUUGCAUUCCAUCUAAUGGGCCAAGCUUAUAACUACCCAACUCACUGGAUUUGUUUAAAUAUCAGUUAGAUCGUUGGUCUUAUUUUAUUUUUAUUGUUCAUACAUUAUUUUAUUUAUAUUAUAUUAUUUUAUAUUUGAUUUAUUACUAUAAAUUAAAAUAAUUAAAUUCAAAAUGAUACGAGUUUAUUUUUAAUUUUUAUUUCUAAUUAACUUUUUUCAUUUAUUAUUUCAUGGUUUAAGUAUAGGUAUUAGAUUCUCUAUACUCUAUGUUUAUCUAAUUAACCAUAUCAUGGUUUUUAUGUGACCUUAUUAUUUAUUGACUGUUAUAGUUUUAUUUUUUAUGCUAUUUUUUACCAGUACAAAUAUAAUAACAAUGUAUCAGUGUUGUAAUAAUACUUAGUUGAUUUACAUUUAUGUUUAAAAUUAAUAUACAUUUUUUAAAUUUAGAGCUGUAUAUAAGCAAGCGGAUAUUUAUUUACUUGACGAUCCUUUAUCGGCUGUUGAUACACUUGUUGGGCAACAUUUGUUUGAUAAAUGUAUCAAAGGUAUAUUAUAACAAAUUAUUAUAGUUGGGCGAGUUUUGGUUUUUUGAAAUCGAGUUAUAGUCAAGUAUUGAUUUGUUCGAGUUUAGUCGAGUUCAUAAGUUAAGUACUCGAGUUUAUGAGAACAAAAAUAUAUUUGUCGAGUUCAGUACUCAACAAAAUCUAAAUUAAAUAUAAAUGUCGUUAUUGUAAUACUUAAGAAAAACUCCUGUUGAGUGGAGUACUCGAUCUAUUUUAUAAAUAAAUAAUCUAUAUAUAAUUAACUAACAGUAUAUUUAUAUUUUUUAGGUUACCUUAAAGAAAAAACUUGUAUUCUUAUUACACAUCAAAUACAAUACUUGACAAGUAUAGACCAAAUUGUUUUGAUGGAAAAUGUAAUAAUUUAAUUUGAUUAGACUUUAUUUAAUAAUGUAUUCAAUUUAAUUUAUUUUGUUUAUAGACACACAUAUUAGCUCAAGGUUCAUAUCAAGAACUUCAAUCUUCUAGUUUAGACUUUACAAAAAUGCUUGAGUCUUUAAAAGAAAUAACAGUUGCAUCAGAUAAAGGUUCUAGCAACAAGAAUGAGUCUGUUAUUUAUUUAGACGUAUUUCAUAGUUCAUCUCAACAAAGUUUUAAAGGCUCUAUGGAAAGUAUUUCGCGGUCAAUCAAUGGUAGUACAAUUCAUGGUGAAAUUGAAACGAACCCCGUCGAAGUAUCUGAAACUUGUUCAACGGGAAAUAUUUCACGUGAUGUUUAUUUUUCAUAUAUUUCUGCUGGUGGAAGUGCUGUUAAGAUUUCAUGUUUAAUAUUUAUAUGUCUACUCGCUCAAAUGCUCGGUACUGGUGGUGAUUGUUGGAUAAGUUAUUGGUAAAUUGUAAAUUGAAUUAUGUUAUCAAUUAUAAUAACUAAAAAUUAGGUAUCUAUACAUAUAUUUUCAAAUAAAUGUAUAAAUAAAAUAUAAAAUAUUUAUUUAUACAACAAAAUAAUAUGUAGAUUGCAGUAUUAUUGCUGGCCACUGGCGCAUACAAACUUAAAAAAAUAAUACCUAAUACACUUUUUAUUUUGGUUAAAAAGAAAGCUUAUAAUUUUAAAACGAGAAACAAAUAGUAUAAUAUAUUUUUGUAAAAAUACAAAAUUUGAUGAUAACAAUUUAGUAUAUUAUUAUUGCUUUGUCUUUUGGGUGAUACCUGAAAAUGAUUUUUAGCGAAACAUGUCGAAUUAAAAUUGUUAUUUCUUAAAUUAUUUUACUCAAAUCUAUGUUUGUUUCUGUAUAUUUUAUAUACCUAAUAUAUCAUUUAUAUAGAAUUACAAUUAAUUUUUUGUUUACAUGCUCAUGUAUGUUUGUACAUAUUUCUAAUUGAAAACAAAACUAAUUCAAAAUAAUUUAAAGAAAUUCUGUAAUUUUUUAAAAUUUUUAUUUUGACUCUGGAUGUCAUCCUACAGUAGUUGAAUUUUCCCAUUUAAUAUAGACAUGUUUUAACAAUGUUUAUGAUUUAAAUUUAUCUCUAUGUUCAAUACAACAAAAAAAAUUCUAAAUUGGUCGAAAUUAACUAAAAAAUACUCUUCUUCGAUAAAAAAAAAACUUAUUUUGACGGGGUUGUAAAAAUCACAAAUUUAAAACUAAGCAAAACCAAAAACAUGUACAACUCCAUCAAAAUUUUUUUUUAUUUAUUAAUUUUGUAUAAAAAUACUUUUACUUUUAAUGGGAAAAUUCAGCUCCCGUGGCGCGACAUCUAGUAUCAAAAUAAAAAUCUGAAAAUAUUACAUGAUUUUUUUUAAAAAAAUUGUUUGAACUAGUUUUUUACUAAGUACCUACUUUGAACUUCAAAUAACGAACGCAAGCGUGUUCAUCUCAUUUUUUUGGUUAAAUUUUACAUAUAUUUAAAAUAUGACUUUAUUUACCGAAUUAUGUCAAGUAGCAAUUGUGUAGGUAAAUACAAAUACAAAAACAAAAUAAAAACUAUUGGAAUUUUUAAGUGUAGUUAAAGCCGAUAAUUUGUAAUACUUGGUUUUUUCACAACAUUUAAGGAGUAGGUGAUACCAGAUUUGGUUUUUUAAAUGAGAACCUGUACUAAAAAAUCCAUAAAUAGACAGAGUGUUAGUUUAAAUAAAUUUUGGUGUUAAAAUUUUUGAUCCGUCAACCCGUUGACGAGAUAUUGCAUUUUUAAAUUUAGAUAGGGGAGAGUUGAAUCACUAAAAUGCCGUGUGCUUAUUAUUUUUGUUUUAUUUUUAUUAGGUUAUAGUUUGAAAAACCAAAAUUGGUAUUGCCACAGGAUACUUCUUAAAUACUGUUAAAAAUCAAAGUCUUAGAAAAUAUCUGCUUUAACUACUUUUAUAAAUUCCAAUAGUCAGAUUUUGAAUACAUACAAAAUUUAACCAAAAUAUGGGGUUACCACACUUAGUGGAUCACUAUGUAUAUAAUAUAUUUUUUAUUUUAGGGUAGAACUAGAAGAUCAUGGAUUUCGCGAUUUACAAAAUGUAUCUACUAUUAUUUAUAACAGCACAUCAGUGAACAAUGAUUCGUUUACUUCACUAGUGUGGUUUUCGUUUGAUUUUUCUAAUAUAUUGUUGAGACCGCUAUCACGUCAAAAUUGUAUUAUAAUUUUCACGGUUUUGAAUGUUGCUUUGCUUGCAAUUGUUAUUAUCAGAUGGAUUUUAUUCGUAUCGUUUUUCACUGAAACGUCUAUGAAUUUACACAACAAUAUGUUUGGUGCCAUAUCCAGAGCUACUAUGUAUUUUUUUAACACAAAUAAUUCUGGUAUUUAUUUAAAAAUCUGUUGUUACUAUACUUAUAAUCUAUAUUUUAUUUAUACUGUAUAUUUAUUUCAGGGCGGAUUCUGAAUCGCUUUACUAAAGACAUGGGGUCUAUAGAUGAAUCGUUAUCAGUACCCUUAUUGGAUUUUGUAUAUGUAAUAAACAAUAUUACUUAAUAUAUACACAAUUGUAUUUGAUGAAAAAUUAUACGUAUCUGAAACUUUUAAAUUGUAGAUUUUUCUGUCACUUAUUGGAACUCUAGUUGUAAUCGGAUUAAUUAAUAUAUACCUAAUGAUACCGACAUUCAUUAUAGGUGUACUCUACUAUUAUACUACAGUAUUUUAUUUAUCGACAUCUCGAAGUAUUAAACGUUUGGAAGGAGUUUGUAAAUACGACAAUUAAUUUUAAUUUUAUAGUUUAUCAUUACGUUGAUGAUUUGAAAUUUUAUUUGUAUAAAAUAUUGUUUAAAUAUAGCACGAAGUCCUGUCUUUGCACACAUGAAUGCAUCUCUUCAAGGUUUAACAACAAUAAGAGCAUUUGAAGCAGAGGGCAUUUUGUCUAAAGAAUUUGAUGAACAUCAGGUAUAAAAUAUUAGAAUUCUUAAGCUGUUCAAAAUUAUUUAAUUGGAUAUCGUAAUAUUAUAUUUUGUGUUAUUAUUUUUCGUAGGAUUUACAUUCUUCAGUUUGGUUUUUGUUUAUUGCUUCAAGUGAAGCAUUUGGUUUUGUAUUGGACAUAAUCUGCUUUAUUUAUUUAUCCUUUGUAACAUAUAGUUUUAUAAUUAUUAGAAAUGGUAAGAUUUAAAAUUUAAUAGGUAAAUAAGUUUAAAAUUGUUUAUUAUGGUAUUCUGUUAUUUCAGAAUUAGGUGGUGGAUAUGUUGGACUAAUUUUAACUCAGUUAAUAAAUUUGACUGGCGCAGUUCAGUGGGGAAUAAGACAAGCAGCUGAAUUAGAAAAUCAAAUGACAUCUGUUGAAAGAGUUCUUGAAUAUACAAAUAUUCCACAGGAAGCUGCUCUUGAAUCUCCCCCAGGUAAAAUGAUAUAUUGUUUUUUAUUACCUAAUACAAGUAUAAAUCCACAAAUACAAAUGUUGUUCUUCUGCUGGUUUGAGUUUAAUUAAAAUUAUUAUACAGUUAUUUUAUAACUACAACUUGUAACUCAUUACUCAAGUAAAAGAAUGGCAUAUUAUAUUUUUUACGUUAGGCUAUGAUAGUUUUAUUUUAUUCAUUUAUUUUAGGUGAUUCCAAAAAAGAUAUACAAUAUACAUUAUCCAUGUUAUAUAAUAUAAUAAUAUAUAAGUAAAUAAUGUGUUAGGUUAAUAAUAUGGAGUACUCGAGUUGAAAAAAUAAAAGAGAGACAAUGAGACUUAAAAUAUAAUUAUUGUCUCUUGCCAAUUUUAAAAUAAUUACCUAGUAUUCACAAUAAAAAAAAAUAAAACAAAACUAACCAAUAAUACUCUUGCAGGAUACGAUUUUGUAUUUUAUUUAUUUAUUUUAUUUUAUGUAUAUUUUAUCACUAUUCAUAUGUACUUGGCCAUUUAUUUUAGAUUUGUUGUAUGUUUUAGAGAAUUGUUGUUUACUUUCGUAAAUAAAUAUUAUGGUGUUUAAAUUAUAGUUAAAUUAGGUAGGUACUUAUCUUAUUGUCACACAGGGCAAAAGUGCAAUGCAAAAAAUAUAGAAAUGAUAAUAUUUGACUGAACAAUAAUAUUACUGAUAUUUUAUACAAAUAUAUACAUCAUUGAUUAUAAAUUUAUAUCUAAAUUGAUAAUACAUGUUUUUUGAUAAAUAUUUAUCAAAAGAGACAUACCGCUUCCUUGUUCCGUGUCCCUGGCACCCGUAAAUCGUCCCAUCGACUAUUAUACACCAGAUUUUUAUCCAUUUGUAUGCCUUAAAAAAAAAAAUUUAUCCCCCUCAUUUUAACAUAAUACGACAUAUUAAAUACGGGUGUUGAGGAGACCGUCUCCUUAGCACCCUUGAUUCCAAAAGAUAUUAAUAUUCACGGGAAAAAUAUUAUCUAGGUAUGUGGUAAAGUUCCAUUUAUUGGACUAGCUAUAAGAAAUAAAUUAUAAAAUCCAAUUGGACAUUAUAUGCAUAGGUAGUGUUAUAAGUCAAACAAUAUAUAUUGUAUGGGCAUGUUACAACACAAAAAAAAAGUUGUCAAAUUCAAAUGACGACGUAUUCCACUUUUAACCUAACCUCCCCUACUCGAACAUUAUUUGAGUGGCAGUAUGUCACAAUAUCACAUCUUCAAUAUCUACAUAUUUUAAUCAUGAAGCAUAUGUCUAUAUGUUAUGGAAAUUGAACAAUCGUGAACAAUACAUUUUUUUACACGGAUUAUUUGUUCACUCUUACGAAACGGAUACCAAUUGAUUAAUCAUUUUGUACAUUUAUGAAAUAAACAUUUUUAUUUUACGUAACAUGGUUAUUUGCCAUGACACUUUUUACUACGGUAUACGUACUGAUACAGAACAUAAUAAUAAUAAAAAAAAAACCAUUCAAUAAUUUUAUAGAAUUAUUAAUUUUGUAAGUGUGAUAAUUUGUAUUAUUUUGUUUCAAUUGCAUUUACGGUAUAUUAUGACUUUUAAUCGAUUUAAUACAAUAGUUAUUUUAAAAUGUAACUUAUAGUUUAAAUGAGUAAAAAAUUGAAUCAAAUUGAAAUAUUUUUUUUUUGACUAAUCUUUAACGUAAAUUGCAUCAAAAUUUUAAGUAACCAGAACAUAAUUGUGAUUUCAAAUUGUAUUCACUAAUAAAAUAUUAACAAUUCAGUAAACCCAAGAGUACGUCACUUUGUAAUGAUAAUGUUAAAUUACACUAAUCAGUAUUAAUAAAUUGAUUAUAGAAUUAUUAUGUAGUCAAUGUUUAUACCAUAAUAAUAGGUACAUAUUAUAUUUGUAUGAUCUUUAUGUAAAUGGUUGUAUUAUUAUAUUUCGAUUAUAUAAGUACAACAACUAGGUACAUGAUAUUAAAAUCAUAUCGCGUAUGGUCUUGAAUAAUAAUUUCCUCUCUUGACUUACUUGUAUCUACACGUAUUAUUAGUUUUAUUUGUUAAAAUGGUUUCAUUUAAUAAUUAUAAUGGUCCACCCAUUAUAACCUUAUAACGAUAUACAAUACAUAAGUACUAUUAAAUUUAAUUAUUGUUAAUUGCGAUUUUACAAAGUCGUAUAUAUUUUUGAAAUGUGAGUCAACAGUAUGGAUGAAUUAUAUAAUUAUCAUUGUUCGACCACAAUAAUUGUCAAAUAUGUCCAAACAGAAAGUUACAAAUUAAACCAUAAAAAUAAGUACCUAAUAAUCAUUAUAACGACUUCUAGCAUUUCCAUAUUAUUUUUGAAUUAUACACAAAUACUGUUCAUUGAGUAAAUAAUCUAAAUCCUCAAUUUUAUUUUGCAUACAUUUGCACAUUUAACAAUUUUCACUUUUUUGAGCAUAUUUUAGCAAUAUGUAGCUUUUAAGUGCUAUAAAACGACACACUCAUAUCAUAUCUUAUUGUAUUCCACUUAUUAUACACGCCUUUUCAAUUUAUAUUGUUAAAAUUUAUACGCACUAGUAUACGAUAGCAUAGUCGAAUAAACUAUCAUAAAAAAGUUAAUUAUUCAACCAGGAACAAAGUUUUCAUGUAAAUAUCACUACUGUAUACAAUUUGAAUAGGUAACAAAACAUUUUUUAGAGCAUAUUUUAAUGCACAUUUGAUUAUUUUCUAAAGCAUAUUUGUAAGUUUUUAAAGCUAGAUUUCCCUAAGCCUAAUAAUCAUUAUUCAAAUAAUAAUCUGACAAUGUGAAACAUCCAUGGAACAGUGUUUUUAGAUUAUUAUUUAAUUGUUAGAUAUCCUUAUUGAAAAUGUGAAUUAAUGCGUACCUAUCCACUAUUCACGUAUGCAUAAAACACGUGAAUUUACUUUCCGUGUUUACGUGUUUUAGUGUUUUUAACGUAUAUAUGUCGCAGCCACUUAGUGAAAUCCCUAUUUUCAGUAAGUGGGUGUCCACUUUAUGAAAUGUAUCCAAUUAGUGAAAAUUACGUUUUACUAAACUAUAUGGACAAUGUUUUAACUUUUUCAUGAGUUGAUAAAAUAUGCACAUUGUGCAAUAUUUAUAUAUAUUUAUUUUUAGAAUCUGAGAGGAAUGUAUUGGUUGUACAAUGAUGCUUAAUUUUCUUAUGUGAACACUUUUACUACCAGAAAUUAUAUUCCGAUUAUUAAGUAUAGCACCUUUUCUGAAAGAAAAUGUUCUCUGGAUGGUACUUUAAAGAGGUAUUUUUUUUUUGAAAUUCUUUUUAAUAUUUGAGAUAAUGAGGAAAAUCUCAGCCUUUAGGCUAAAAAAUAUUGAAAUAUUAAAAAUAAAGUCGUUAUUGGCAACCAAUUUUAUUUAUUUUUUGUUAUUAUUAAGUUUUAUAAUUUAUCUUUUUUAAACAAUCAUUGUUGUUGUGGAAACGCACAUUGUUGUAAUUAUUUUACCAUAUUAUGACACAUACCAUACAUUGUAUUGUUGACAAAGUAACACGAUUAACUGAACUCCGCUUAGAAUUAAUUUUUCGUUAACAGUGGUUUAUCGUUGCUUAUAGUUAUACAUUAAAUUCCCGUCUAUAUCCUAUCUUCCCAACUUCUCACCUGUAACAGUAGCUGCACCCACGUACGAAAUAUGUCCGUUUAUUUUUUUUAAUAUAUGAAACAGUUUAUAUUAAUUUAAUUUUAUAAUUUAUUAUAAAAUGAAACAAUGUAUGACAACUUAAUUCAUUAAAAUGUUCAGUUAUUUAAAGUAUAAAGAAAUAAUGGGUAAUAAAAUAAAUUGUCUUAAACUAUAUUUUAUAUUUUAUUAUUUAUUUAGAUUUUGUUGAGAGCUAUGGCAAUGACUAUUACAUAACACUUUUUGUUUAAAACAGGUGCACCUUGAUGAUUUAUAUAGGCUUUUAGAUUCAAAUGGAUAAGAAGAAUAAUCUUGCAUGUAGUGACUAUGUAUAAUAAUUUUGAAAAUAAAAUGAUAAUUUGAUGAUUUAUCCAUUUCAUGAAAAAGUCAAAAAAUUGUCCAUAUAGUGUAGAAAAACGUCAUUUUCACUAAAUAGAUACAUUUCAUGGAUUCCAUAAUAUUAUGAACUAAAAUACGUGAAUAUAUGAAAAAGGUACGUGCUACCAGUAGCAUAUUAAGUGGGGGGGUAUUGGGGGUUAACCCCCAAUUUAUGUGUAUUACACGAAUACAUUAUGAAUAUACGAAUAUACAAAAUUAAUUAAACUAAUUUGGGAAAUAACUUAGUAAAUUUAAGUGUUAAAUUAGUUUUAAUUUAUUCAGUCAAAUCGUUUAUACUUUAUUCCUAUCAUAAUUUUAUUUUAAUCAAAUAUUUAAGUAGCAAUCCUAAAAUUUGUUUACCACUUAAAGGUUUUAAGGUGUAUUAUAUUCAGGUAUGAAUUCGUGAUGAAGCUAAUGAUGUUAAUAUUUGUGAAAAAAGUAUUGCUAGGAGUCAGGACACUCCCCCCCCCCAAAAAAAAACCAAAAAUACGCCAUUGCGUACUGUACUCACAAAUAAUACAUGUGUUGUAUACACAGUACGAGGUUAGGUUAAUUUCAUAUUAAUACAUUAUAGCGUGAACACACAUGCAUUAGGGAACUUAAAUAGAAAUAAUCAUUAAAUAAAUUUGUCUAGAGAAAAAACCACCAAAAGAAUGGCCAAGUGAAGGAAAAAUUGUUUUCCAACAAUUUUAUUUACAAUAUAGUCCGGACGCACCUGAAGUUCUAAAAAAUCUCAAUAUUAGAAUUCAGUCAACCGAAAAGGUAAUCUAAAAGAAAUAUUAAUUGUGUUUCGAUCAUUUACUUAUAAUUUUUAUUAUUUACAUAAAAAGAUUGGGAUUGUUGGCAGAACUGGUGCAGGAAAAUCGUCCUUAAUCAGCGCAUUAUUUAGAUUAGCCCUGAACAAGGGUAAUAUCAUCAUUGACGAUAUAGAAAUACACGAGUUGGGGUUACACGAUUUACGUUCCAAACUUUCUAUUAUUCCUCAAGAACCAGUUUUAUUUUCUGGGACAAUGCGAAAAAAUCUAGAUCCUUUCAAUGAAUAUGACGAUCAUGAUCUUUGGAACGCUUUAAACGACGUAUUUACAUUUUUUCCUUUAAUCUUUUUUUUAAAUUAAUAUAUUAUGUGCUACUUAAUACAAAUAUUUGUUAAAUUAAAUUUAUUAUCAAUAUAAUACCUUUUAUUUAGGUACAACUCAAAGAAAUUGUAGAGGAUUUACCUAAUGGUCUGAACUCAAAAAUGUCCGAAGGGGGUUCUAAUUUCAGUGUCGGCCAGAGACAACUGGUGUGUUUGGCCAGAGCUGUAUUGAAAAGUAACAAAAUUCUUAUACUUGAUGAAGCUACCGCUAAUGUUGAUUCACAGUUAGAUAAUUAUACUUAUUUUUUAAUUAACGAAAAACAAAUCAAUGAGAUUAUUUUUGUUUUAUUUAUGUUCAGAACUGAUGCGUUAAUUCAGAAUACUAUUAAGAAAAAAUUUAAAAAUUGUACAGUUUUAACGAUUGCCCACCGUUUGAAUACUGUUAUGGAUUCUGACAAAGUGCUGGUCAUGGAUGGCGGUAAAAUGGUUGAAUACGACCAUCCGUAUAAGUUGUUGAAAAAUAAAAAUGGAUAUUUGUACAAAAUGGUGGAACAAACAGGACGGGCUACAGCUGAUGUGUUACUCAAUAUUGCUGAAGAGGUAUAUACUGCUGAACCUCUUAGAUGUUUAUGCAUAUUUUUUUUCAAUUUCUUUAUUUUAAUUGUUUUUAAUAUUUGUGCAGAGCUACAGAAAAAUGGAUAUUGCUGAAGGAUCUCCAAAUGAAUCAAUCGUUUAAGAUGCAAAAGAAACCUCUAACAUAAAUCAAUAAGUCAUAUUUCUCACUUUUUUAGUUUCAAAAAAAAGCGUAUUAAUAAAUUGUUACCGUACGAAUAUUUUAGACAAAUAUAUUACUAUAUCUUGUAUUUAAAUAUAUAUAAUUGUUUAGUAUAUAGUUAUUUACUUUAAUUAUGUAAUUGAAAUGUAUUUCAUACUCUUAGAGUGUAUGGCAUAUUUUAUUUUUAUUAUUUUGAAGCACAAAUCAAAUUAGAAGUAAUAUAUUAUAUUUAUUAAAAAUAAAUAAUAGCUAGAUAUUUAAAUAUAAUCGUAACUACGUUUAUUUUCUUUAGAUUCUUAAGUUGAGAAAAUAUACAGCGGUUAAAGAGGGAAGAACCACGAAGCCUCUAACUUAAUUCAAUCAAACUUUCAGGAAAACCAUGGAGUCAAAAUAUUCAAAAAUCUUCAAAAUUUCUUUCAUCCACAUUUGUUAAUAAAAAAUUGUAGAUAAAAAGGGUUUCAAAUAAAUUAUUCCCCUCCCUCUAAAAAAAUUACCUAUUCAUCACAUAUGACUACUCAGUAAAAAUAAAGUAGCCAAUGUAAAAACAUUUAUUUUAGAUUCUAAGCGGAUCGAGGAAUGUAUUAGUUUUACAAUGAUGUUUAUUUUAAUUUUUUUUUUUUAUGAACAAUUUUUCUAUUAAAAUUUUGUUCCGAUUUUCAAGUGUAGUAUUUUUUCUGAAAGGAAAUUAGACUGGUGUAGUAUUUUAAGGAGUUCAUUUUUUGUUUUUCUCAGGAGUUUUUCUGUUAAAUGGGAAAAACGGGGUAAUGUACGAAAUUUUUUAUUUUCAAAUCGUAAAUAUUACGGCCUUUCAAAACAUGUUUAACCGAACUCCGCUCAAAAUCGUUUGUCGUUCUUUAGCAAUGAUUAAUCUUUGUGUACCGAUAUACAUUGAAUUUUCCUUCCGCUUUCUCAACUUCUCACCUACAACAAUGGUUUACCCGUCGUGCAAAAUUGUUUGUUUUUGAUUUUAAAUUUAUUGUUAAAUUCAUUUUUGAUUUUAUUGCGUUAAUAAUGCCAUUACACAAUUCGUCUAAUAAUUAUAUUUCAUUUAAUAUCGGUAGUGAGUGUCGGAUCAUCGUUUUUUAAUUUUUUAAUUCGGUAAUGAGUGUUCCAAUAUUUUCUACUGGUUAUCGAGAUAAACAGCCUGCAGCUAAAUUCCAUGUACCUAGUUUAUGUUUACUAUCUAAAUCAAAUUCCAAUAAAUUGAUGAUAAAUUUAGUUAUUCGAGAUUAUGGAAUUGUAUUGUCUUAUAGUAUUGCAAGUUUAAGAAAUCGCUAAAUACGGUCACUUUUCUAUCUAUAAGAUAUUUUUAAAAUAAUUAAGUUAACAGAUUACAGUUGACAUUUCUAGCGCUGUUGUUUGGCAAUUUUUAUCCUCACCAUUAAGUUUCGUAGACGUAAAUGCAACUGAAUGUUAUUUUCCGUUGGGGACUGGGGUUUUCCUAUUCUAAAAUGCCUGUAAGUCCUUCUAUUGAUGUUUCGGUCGUAAUAAAGACUGGACAUUCGUCUUCAAAGUGUACUAAAAGCGGUGCUAAAAUUAUCGCGCUUUAAAAAAAAAGUGUUAUUUCGAUUCUCGCUGCAACUGUCCUGGUAUGUCCUGAAUUUUUAAACCCUUAAGGAAUUCGUUUAAAAUGAUUAGUCCGUAAUUUGUUAUAAAAGUAGUUUUGUAUCUAUUUUCAACCUUUAUUGGUAGCUGGAAAUAACCUUGGGCCAUGUCGAUUGUUGAGUAAUAUUUUGCACCUGUCUCCUAAACAAGUAUUGUGACUUCGGUAUAGGAUGGUUAUCACUAAUUUUUUCAUUAUUUAACUUCAAGUAAUCCACUGAAAGUCGAAUUUCUCCUAUUUCUUUUUUAAGUAUUAAGAAUAUUGGAGUAGUAUAACUUCUAGGCUUAGCUGUAUCAUAAGGUAUCAUUUUGUUUAAUAAAAGUUUUAAUUUUUUUCUUUGAGUUAGUGAUACUUGGCAGGGAGGUUGAAAAAUUGGUUAAGUCGUAGUAAUUGCUGUCCUAAAUAAUCGUUUCGUAUUUGUCACUCAGUAUAUUUCUGUGAGGUUCGUGGGAACGAAUAAUUUUUAUAUCGGUGUAUUUAUGUAACCGUAAAAUGAAAAGUGCUUAUUACUUAAUUUUUUUUUAUAUAAUGUGUUUAAUAAUAUGUUUUGUAUUAAAUAAUAUGUUUGGCAAUGAUACCCUAAGAAAGUAAAUCAAAAAGGCAUCAAAAAAUUGAUCUUAUGAUUUUUCAAUGAAAUCAUUUUUUCCUGNAUAUUUCUGUGAGGUUCGUGGGAACGAAUAAUUUUUAUAUCGGUGUAUUUAUGUAACCGUAAAAUGAAAAGUGCUUAUUACUUAAUUUUUUUUUAUAUAAUGUGUUUAAUAAUAUGUUUUGUAUUAAAUAAUAUGUUUGGCAAUGAUACCCUAAGAAAGUAAAUCAAAAAGGCAUCAAAAAAUUGAUCUUAUGAUUUUUCAAUGAAAUCAUUUUUUCCUGGUAGAAAACGUCGUCCGUGUUUUUAUAAAAUAAUGAAAUCUUGAAAUUGUACGUUUUCCUACGUUUUUUCCCACUUAAAUACUUUUAUUUAAAAAAUAGCGCCGAAAAUCAAAAAAUGACCUUUUUAAAGUACAAUAUAGACAACUUCAGCUUUCAGAUAAGUUGCUACACGUAAAAAAAGGGAGAAAGUUUACAGGAAAAAACGUGUCCACACCAAAGUAUUAAGAGAAGGAACAAAAAUUGUCUAUACCCAUCAACUAAGCUUAUGGUAAUGUAGGAAGUUAUAGUAUACAUGAUUAAAUUAAAUUACACAACAUAAUAAAUAAAUAAAUUAACAAAUAAAUUUUGAAAAUAGACUUUGUAAUACCAAAUUAUUAACAUAGACUUAUCUCAUUUAACAAAAUAUCAUUGAUACAGUUUGUAAUAUUAGACUAUUAGAAUUGUCAUUAAUAAUAUUUUUUUUAAUGUUAAUUGGCAAAUAGUUAAAAUUAACAAGACCCAGAUAAUUAAUAAUCUUUUGACUAAAACUUAGUUUAGAGUAUAACACUUUGAUAUUAAAUAAUCGUUCUUCCCUUAUGGGCUUAUCAUUCUGUUUAAUAAAGAAAAACCUAAACUUUUUAUACACAAACGUUAUUGCGUUUUUUAUGUAAAGUAAUUCAAACGGAAGCUCGUUAAAUUCAUUAUAAUUUGAAUAAUUAUAUCUAGUCGGAUCGUCCUUCUUUAAACAUUACGAAUUAUACUAUUUUGUUGUACCUUUAACAGAUUAAGAAUAUUUUUAGAAGCACCACUCAUUAAUUAUGAAUAAUAAACUAAUUAUUUAUAUUUAUAGAAUUAAUCAUAUUUACUUAUAAAAUACUACUUAUUUACUUUCUAAAGUAAUUUAUUACUGGUGGAGUAAUUUAAACAAAGUGAUGACAUUUUUUUCAGAUAUUUACGAAUACAGUCCUGGUAGACCCGGACUUAUUCCGUACUCGGUAUUUUGUAAAUUAAUUAAGAAAAAUAAUAUUACUAACAUUUUGUUAUUUUUUUAUUUUUCAUUUAUGUAUCAAUAAUAAUAUAUACCAUAAUUUAUACGUAAGAUAAGAGAACUAUUGUAAAAUAGAUCGGCAUACGCGAUGAUGUUUAGACAAUAUUUAAGUUAAUGUUGUCUUGCAGGAACUAUCCAAAUCUAUACAAAAUUUUUCUUCUAUAGUUAAGCCUCUGAUUUGCGUUUAUUUUUUUACAUAUUUUAAUGUAGUAUAUUGUAUACGCUGUAAUUUUAUGACUCUUAUUUGGCAGCUUAUCUCUUUGUUGGGUAGACAUCAAUAAGAAGGACUUUUCAGACGUCUCAGAAUUGUAAAUUUGAAGUAUAGAUUGGUAAGAGAUGGUAAGAACUGAGAAAGAUAAUAUUAUGUUGAGCAAGAUGGUUUAAAAGGCCCCCUCGCUCCCUUUCUCUACAAAUUUAAAAGUCAUAAGUUUGUGAGUUUCGAUUAAGUCAAAAAUGGUCUAAAAAAAAAAUAAAUCAAUAAUAUAUUAUAAACGUCAUAUAGGUAUGUAAUAAUAUUUUAAUUCGUAUGAGUGUUUUUUUUAGGUUUACGUCACGAUAGUUAUUAGACUGCUAUAUAUUUACAAUUACGGAUUUUAGUAACACUUGCGACAGUUUUUCAAAUUUUCUCCAAUUUUGUAAAAUUUAAAAAAUUUUUUUUACAUUUUCACGGACACCAUAUUGAUAAGCCUUUUUCCACUAAUUUACUGACCGAUAACUAUUUAAGAAAAAGGUAUAUGACCGUUUUUAUGGAUAAACACUAUGUUUAAGACCGAAAUGGCAAACACAAAUAUAGGAAUAGUGUUUGACGAAUUUAAAUUUUAAAAAUGUAUUGAUUCCUUAGGUUCUUAACUAGGAUAUGUUGGAGUUAUUUUUUUAAAUUUUAAUUAUUUUUAUUACGUGGAAAAGGUAUAAGGUAUAAAUUGUUAACCAUUUUCAAAGAUACAAUCAAUAUUUUUACGAUUUUUAUUUAAAAAAAAAAUUAAAUUUCUUUGAAGAAUUAUGAUCCGUUUUCAAAAUUAAAAUCAGUCUAAUAUAAUACCUACAGUUUUGUCUGGAUUUUAGGACAAAAUCAACUAAAUAUACUCAUUCAUCAAUACCCUUAAAAAUAUUUCCAUUCCCGUGACAAUGGCAUUGAGCUCGUCAUAUUGCAUAUUAUUAGAUUAUAAGUUAUAAUUGUUUUAAAACGCGUCCGUUAAUAGUUUAAUAAUUUCUUAUUUUUUAUACGUAAUGAUAAUAUCACGCGACCACGUAUGGAUAGUCAGACUACGAAUCGUAUUACCUAUGUUAUUAUGUCGAUCCAGACGAUUGGGAGAACAAUAAUUAAUUACACAAUAUGUUCGGUACGAAUUAACAAUUAUAUUAUUAUCGCAUAUUAUAAUAUUUUAUAAAAAAAUAAUCGUCACACGGUCGAAAUAAUUUCCACCACGUGUUUUUACUGACAUUGAAACACUCUAAUUCUUAGAUUCUGAUCGUAUAAGCGAAGAAGUUAUUAGUUUUACUGAGUGCAUGUUUUUCUCUCGAAAUACAAUUAUUUGGUUACUAACAUUUUUCCGAUUUUUUCAUUCCAUAUCUUAUAAAAUACGAAACUUCCACCGGUGAUGCUUUAUUUGAAAAUAUUUUAUUAGAUUUUCUACAGAUUUUCUUAAAAAUUAAAAAAAAACCUGUCAAAUAAGGACGAUACAUCGAUUAUUUAAUGUUAUAGAUUUCUAGGUUAUCUCGGCUACAAUAGGAAAAAAAAUAAGACUAGCAUUAAAACCUAGUUAGCUUACCGAGCUCUGUUCAGAAUCGAUUUUCAAUUACAAUAUCUUAUACCUUUCUAACUUCCCAUCUACAAUAGUUUCUUACAUAAUAUCGGAGAAGCUCUUCACAGAUGUAACAGAUAUAAUUGUCUAUGUUAUCAGUAGCUUGGCGGCUUUUUUUUUUAACUCUAUAGUUUUCUCGACAUUUUCUAAUUUCCAUCAAUCGUCUCCUUAAUAUCGCAAAAUAACGAAAAUACUUUAAUAUAUAUUUGUUUGCGUAAAAAUGCAUACGGCUACGUUUACAAAUAAGUAUUUAUUGUUUUACAUAAAUAUUGUUUUAAUGACAAUAUGAAAAAAUAAUUAUCAUGAAUUAAAAUAUGCAAGUCGUAUCCAUUUAGUGAAAUCGUUCACUUAUCUUUUAAUUAACCGUUUUAAUUUUGGCGGAAAUGAUAACAGGCUGUAUAAUACAGGCUUUUGUAUGAUGUUGGUGAUCAAUUUUGUCCACUUCAUGAAACGGAUAUUGAUUUCGUACAUUUUAAGAAACAACAUUUUUUGUAGAAUUUUCGCGGAAAAUAGUGCUUAUUGAAUUUGUCGCGCGCUGAUUGGGCAAACAGCCUUUGAGUGAACAAUUUUAAACUUCUAAAAUAAUUGUUUGCUAAAAUAAAUAUAAUAUAUUAAAAUAUAAUCUAAAGAAUCUAAAAUAAAAUCUAAAAUAUUGUAUAAAACAGUGUGAACAAAAAUAUUUAUUGACAUAAAACUGCCACCAAACCCGGUAGGGACGGCUAUAAAAGGGGAACUAGAGGUUUCGGUCCUCUUCUUCAAGCCCAUAUUUCAAAAAAAUUGUAUAUUGUUAAAAAAAAAAAAGAACGUAUUAUACUAUCGGCUAAAAUAGAUACUUACAAGUUUUUAGUUAGGGGUAUACUCCUACUAUUUGUACUAUGAAGUAUAAUUGGUAUAAAUAAACUGUAAUAAUAUACAUAUCAAUAAUAAUAAUAUACCCACUGUUAUGAAAAUAUGUUUCUAGCCAUUAGAAAAUCUAUACAAGUAUUAUUAACAGUUUUAAUAGUAGGUGUCCCACUAUUGCCUCUACCGAAAGGAGUUUCUCCAUACUUAGAAAAGUUAAAACCUGGCAUCGUUCAUGAUGGAUGACUGAAUAUAGACUAUAAGAAUUAUGUCUUAUGGAUGUGUAGUGUGGUAAACAUUAUUAUUUUUUUCUGUUAUUAAAGUUUUAUACAAAUUAUGGCUUAGCCCCUCACUCUCCAAAUAUGUCUCUGGGACCGUCCUUGAAAUCCAGAUCAAAACUUCUCGCGGUAUUAUUGAGUAUGAAAUGACGAAACGGGCUGGUGUUGCUGUACUGGAGCUGUUCCUAAUUUUAUUUGUCCUUUCAAUUCUUAGUGUUUUGGUCAACUUCUCUUUCCUAAAAUCUGGCUUGGACCACUUAUAUCUAGUCCUUGCCUUGGUCGCCCGAUGUAGAUGUGGUGGACGUUGCAUCUACUGUAUGUCGGGUGCGUCGAGCCAAUCCAGACACAGUUUCUACAUGGACACAUGGCUCAUUAAUAAGUCAGGGAAGCAUGGGAACGCUUUUGAGAAACUAUAUGGUCGUCCUCACCUCAACGACCCUUACGUGUUUUAACUUAAUUGGACGAUCAACUUGUCUUGUUUUACUUAUAUUAGGACGUUACACUUGUUAAUUUAUUUUAUUUUAUAGUGAAGGACAGAGUUCGUAACACACUGCAUUGUGUCUGUUUAGUUCUAAUAUAUAUAUAUAUAUACAGAGUGAUCUCAUCUUUUCACUCUAUUAUAAAAUACUCAUAAUCUCGGAAUUUGUUUUGUAGAACAUUUAAGAAAUAAUAGCAGCUUUAAAAUUUUACAUUUAUGUCAUUUUAUUAUCACUCUUUUUUUUUGAGGGUAAAACCAAUAUUUACUUUUGAUUUUCAAGCGUUUUGGAGUUUUAGUUGAAAUCAAUUUUAGUAUUGCCUUUUUUGAUUUCCGUCAAUCCGUUGACGAGAUAUUCUACUUUUAAGUCUGGGCCUGGGAGAGAAAUUGUAACUACUCUCCCCCGACCUAUUUUAGAGCUGCUUGUUUCUUUGAUUUUCUAAAAAACGUAUUACAAAAAAAGUUAAUAUUUUCCCAAAUAGUGAGUGUCUUACUAUAGAUUGAUCACUCUGCAUUGGUGUACCUACUUAUAUAAUUUUUCCGGUACUUUUGAACACUUUUAAAAGUUCCUUCUGGACUGAAGUUGAACUCAGGAAUUAGAAAUGCUUUAUAGACAGAUUGAAGUUAUCAAAUUCGUGUUGAAUUUCAAUAUGAUCUCCUGAGAGGUAUGAGUUUUUGAGCUUUGAACCCUCCAAAUGAAGCGACGGGGAUGAAAAGUGUAUAAUGUAUACCCAUGUUAUUAGUAUCAAUGACGUUCUUUAAGAGAAUUGAAUCUACCUUUCAAUAGUUUUUUUUUUUUUAAAUAGUAUGAGUCAUAUAAUAUUGGGAUAUUUAUUGUUUUGCAAAGAAUAUUAAUUCUAUAAUACCAAAUAGGGGAGAGAGAAUCAAAUUUAUAGUGACGGGCUCUGCUGAUUACUGUUGUUUUUUACAACUACCUAUGAAAUAAAGUCUUUAGUAGACUCGUAAACUAGACAUAAUAACUUGUUUUAUUUAAAAUCAAAAACCAAAAAUUGAACUAUGCGAAAUAAGUAUACUACAUAGAAUACUACUAAGAAUAUUAUGUAUGACCAGAGCAUGGAUUUAUAUGUGAAUAUUUCUUGCUUUUCAUAAUUUUAGAUUUCCGUUAAUAAUGUAUACGAUUACGAAUCAUUAUAAUUAGAAGUCAUAUUAAUAAGAAUAUGUAUAUUUCAAUGAUAAUUAUGCAUCACAAUGAAAAAACAUCACCAGAGUGACAACUUUUUUUACUGUAUACCUACGUGUUACAUAAUUUUUACUGAACAUUGUACUUCAUGUUUUCAUAUAUUUUAUAGUGCAUUAUGUGCUUAAUGAUUAUAAAUGCAUUGUCUAAUUAUGACCGUUGCAGACGUUGGAGUUAAAUAAAAAAAAAUCUAUCUGUUUUGCACUUUUGCUCACCUCUAUCAUAGGUAUCAAUCUGUAUUUAUUUAUUUAUAUAUAUAUUGUAUAAUAAUUUCAUUGUGCUCUCAAUAGUUUAGUUUCUGUAUGAUAUUACAAAAAUAAUAAUAAUUAAUGCGCCUGCGUUUAACAUAUUUUCCAAUGCAAUUAAAUUCAUAUCUGUGUCAUGAAUGUACAUUAUUCAUUUGAAUUUAGGGGUCAUCUUCGGGUACUAGUCGAUUUAAUUUUAAUAAAUAUAAUAUAAUAUCACAAAUUCACAAACGAAAAGUCGUAUCACGAUGCGAUGUCAUUAAAAAUAAUACUCUACGCUUGAAUUUAUUACAGUUUGGCCCUAGUCCCCAUCAUAUCGAGUUCAUCAUCCUGUAGGUACUAUACUAACCGAGAUUGUGUAAACGGGUGUAACAUCCAAUUACAUUAUAAUAUUUAUAGGUAUAUUAACUAACUAGUAUGGUAUUGUUUUAAUAAUAUAUUUCGCAAAACACAAUAAUAAUAAUAUUGUCAAUUAGAUCAGUGUUAUUGCUCUCAGUAAUACUGCAAGUUUUUGGCUAGAAAUCGAAUAAUAGUUCCUAUGAGUGGAAUUCGUAUUAUUGAGCGUGUUUGAGAUGAAAAUACAUAUAUUUUUUUUAUUUUCGAGGCGGGGGGGGGGGUUAAUAGUAAUUCAUUAAACAAAAUUGUUUGAUAAUAAAAUCUAAAAUUCGACUAUUGUUGAUGUUAUUAUAAAUGUGAGUACGAUCCCGUGGUUUCUUCGCGGUAAUUAGUAAUUAUACAGAUUGUCCUACAGUUUUAUCCUUAUGCUAUUAUUGUUAAUGAUAUUGUCAAUAAACGAUUUUGUAUGCAUAGUAUUUAAAAAAAAAACAUCAAUUGUAAUAAAAAUCUUCGUAAAUAAUCACUGAAUAAUGAUUCAAAAAAAAAAAAAAAAAAAUCGCUCUGUAUACAGAGUAUCCUACCACUUGAUUCUUAUUCUAAUAACUCUGUCAAUAUUGAUUUUUUUUUCAAUCGGGUUUUGUGCAAGGGGGUACAUUUUUAGAGAAUUACUAAAUAAGUUUUUAUUAUAUCAUUUUUCGAAAUUUUAAAAUAGCUAUUCUGUAAAAGAUAUUCUAACAUUUUAAAUAUUUUCUAGACAUACAUUCAUACACGAUCUCUUACUAAAUAUUAGCCGUUUUAAUUUCUAGAAAAUUUGUGUAAAAACAAUUAAUAUUCAAUAGAAUUUAAGGAAUUACUAUGCUGAUUGUGAUUCCUUAUUAAGUAAUGUGUUGUUCUAUUUUGAAUAAUAUAUUUUACAAAAUGACUACUUGUAUGUUGAAAAUUUUAAAUUAAUAAAAUAAAAAGCCAUUUUUUCCAAUAAUUAAGAGACGAAAAAAAAUGUAAUUUUCUCUAAAUAUGUGUCCCACUCGCACAAAACUCGAUUGAAAAUAAAAUUAAUGUUGACAAAGUUAUUUGCAUAAGGAUAACAUUGUAGGACACCCUGUAUAGAGAUUUUGGUUAAAUUUUUUUUUUUAGUUACUUUAUAUUGAUAAUAUCAUUUAAAUUUUUUUUUAAAUUUUACUUUUAUUCCGUACAUCAUUUAAACACAUAUAAACAUUUUCAUUUUGAAAUGGUACCCUACUCCUUUCCAAACCAAAUUCAAAAAGAGAAUAUUUUUGAAACAUUUAAGUUCAAAACUAUAUAUGAGUUUAUAGUCAAAUAUUUAUACAAAAUAUCAAAGGGUAAUCCCUUUGAUAUUUUCCGAGGGACCCCUGAGGGGGAGGGUUGCCAUUUGAAAAAAAAACUAGUACAAAUUUAAGAUAUAAUAAGAAGUUGGGAUGAAUACUUGAAAUUAGUGUUAAAAUAAAGCUUACAUAAACGAUUUUGUAUAAUUACUUAAAAAAAAAAACCAAAAUCGAUUUUACUCAUAAUCUUCGAUUGUUGGAACGAAAUAAAAAAAAAAAAAAAAUCAUUCUGUAUACAACAAGACCAGGACCGUGCCUAAGGGGGGUGCGAGAGGUGCGCUAUGAUUCCGUCGGCUCAUCGGCUUUUUUAGCACCGGGUGUAGAUUUCAUUAUGCACGAUAAUCGAAUCGAAUUUAUUAGAAUAGUAAUUAUUAAUGGUAAUAAAUAUUGCUGCAGUAUACAGGUCGGUACACUCACGUAUAAUAUUAUAUAUUUAUAAUGUAUAUAUAUGGAUAUUAUAUCCACUGACCAGUAGUACCUAGUCUUUUUAUCACAGUAUUAAUAGAGUUUUCAUUGUAAUUAUUAUUAUUAUUAUUUUGUUUUGAAAAUUGUUAAACUGUAACCGAGACAUUAUUUAAGCUCAUUAAGUAGAUAACCGACAAAUUAUAUUAUUUUUAAAUAUAGUAUACCUUCCUCACUUUUUAACUGUAUUUUAUCUGUGUUUUCAUUAAUCGGCGUAAAAACGUUCGUGCGAUUAUUGAACAGUUCACUGCGCGAAUGGUCGCCGUUGGGACACAUUUGAACAAAGGUUUUUUCUUCUUCUUUUCGAAUCGAGUCAUAAUUUAAACAUUUUUUUUUAUUGUAAAAAUCAAGAUCGGUCGUUGUGAUUUUACGUGCGUACUGGUGUUUAUUUUUCUAUAAUAUACAUGUAUGAUAUUUAAUUCGAUCGCUUGCGCACGUAUGGGUAUGGCAUAGAAUACUGUUACUGUUGACUCGUUAAUUUAAUUUUAAUAUUUUAAUUACGAAAUUGACAAUUUAGAUAAUUGUUUAAAUCGUAUUAAUAAUAGUAAUAAUAUCAUAGUGUACCGAAUUCGUCUGGAGUAGGAUCGCUGCAUUGAAUAGCGAUGAUACGAACCGUUAGUUCCGGCUCGAUAUUGUAAUAAUGUUGCUGUGUAUUGCGGCGAUGAACUGACGAAUGAUGAGUCCAGAAAAAAUUGCCAUUAUAGACGUGCGCGUACAGUUUUAGUAGGUAAUAACAAUACCGUAUUAUAUUCGCAUUUUCAUAACGCGUCUACAAUAAUAUACUGGUUCGGUCGUAUAUAAUAUAUAUCAUAUUGUUUCGUACGUGGCGGCCCGUUUCGGCAGUUCGACAUUGCAUAUUGUUUUAAAAUUUACGAUAAAAAAAAAAAAAAUAAUAAUAAUAAUAAUAAUAAUAAAACAUACACCAAGUUAGUACCGCGGUUACUUUUAUGUAACGUAUUAAUACCAUGUGUUUUGUAAUUGCUUGAUUAUUUAUUGUUGUCCGUUAAUGUGAAUACAGGGGAACGACUACCGCGCCGGUGCACGCCCGAGAGAGUUUUGCGAUAUUUGUAUAAUAUAUUUAGUACAUCAGCGCCGCGGUGCGACACCGCGAAAACCAGUACGCGCGGACGAUAGAUCCAGCCAUACAUGUUUAUAUAGUGCAUAUAUAAAUAUAUACAUACAUAUACACAUACAUAGAAUAAUAAAAUAGGUAAGUGCGGGUUUUAUACCGGUAUUAAUGUUUUUGGGCCCGGAUUGAAAUGGGAUUUUUUUCGGACGGUCGGGGGCCACUCGUAUUAUAUCUAUUCGUAAGUACACAUUCUCGGCCGGUUUUCAAAACGUCAACCCUCGUAAAACGGACAUUUCCAUAAAUAUACCCGUGUUUCAAGCGUAGUCAGAUCCAAAUUGUGCUAUUUUUUUAAGCAUCUUCUACGUAAUAUUGUACUACAACAAAUUAUUUUCAUUAUCACAAAAGUUGCCCGAGAUACCGUCUUAAGUUAAUUAAAAAAGUAAAAUAUAUCAUUUUUCUACCGUUUACCUAAAACCCGUCAAAUGCGAAGAAAUUUAACUGUUGUUUUUUGGGGAAAACAAUUUGAAAUGAUCAUAAAAUUAUACAUUCAUAUAAACAUAAUAUACAUUUAUAAAUUAUUUGAAAAUUUGUAAUUGCAGUUAACAAUUAAUUAUUAAGUAUUUUUGGUAAUUUUCGAGAUCGAAAAAUUUGCGUUGAUUGCUGCUUGAAAAGUUGUUUUAAAAAGAAAAAAAUAGUACUAUUUUAAUUUGACGCUUAAAGUAUAGGCAUUUCUGAUUUAGAACGUAUUUAAAAAUUAAAAUGUUCAACUGAGUCGUUUAAGAUUUGAAAAUUGGCCUUAAAUGUAUAACUUUAGUACCACUUGAAUGAAACACACUGUACAAUGAGUAUCCAUAAAAUAAAUUUAAAAACGAUUAAAUAAAAAACUAUUGUUGUGAUUAAAAGUUGUCAGAAACAGACGUUAUACUCAGGUAGAUAGGUAACCGUGAUCUUAUAUUAUAUUGGUUGUAUAAUGAUGUAAAUGAUUUUAUCUGAAAUCAACUUUUUGUAAUUUUUUUGAUUUUUUUACUGGUUUUCAUAAUAAUUAGGAAAAAACAUAAAAAUGUAAGAAAAAAGGAAAAAUUUACGAAAUAUAUUAUUUUCAAUUUUUUUUCUUUUAUCGUGAUUAAGUUAAAAAUAUUCGUGGAUAAUUUGGACAUAAAACUUAUAUCUACCUUUUAUAGACCUGUUAAAAUUUGCAAAACGUUUUAGCAAUUUUUGAGUUAUUUAUAGACAUUUUAAUUUUGUGAGUUUUUUACGUAAUUUUUAUUCGGUUUAUACUCUGUGAAUAAAAUUGUUCGGUUUAAUAGAAAUGUUUGAAAGUUCAAAAGGAAGUUCAUUAUAAGUCCUACUUUGUGGUCAAAACAAUUUAAAAAUUGAGUAUAAUGUAGAAUUUUUUCUUAAUAAAAAUUUUAAUAUCAAAUAUUGACAAAAAUCGUAAAUAUUAUGCCUUUCAAAAUUUGUAUAACCGAACUUCGCUAAAAUUUUUUUUUUGUUAGCAAUGAUUAAUCGUUGCGUACAAAAUAUAUACAUUAAAUUCCCUUCUUACCUUCCUAAAAUCAGCUUAAGCAGUAGUCCAUAGAAGUAUGUUCAUCUUUUUUAACUUUGUUUUAACGCUGUGAAAUAAUACCUAUAAAUAUAAAUUUAUAAUACAUAUAACAAUUUAUAAAACAAAAAAAUAACAUAAAAUUAUUGUUAAACUAUUUUCCAUAACUCGAAAAUUUGAAUUAAUUUUUCGGAUAAAUGUAGAAAUUCGAGAUACUAUUUACUAUCUAUAUUCUAUAUUAUGCAAGUGUUACAAUGCUAGAUUAGGUUAAAUUAACGAUAUUAAUAUUACAAUGAGAAAAUCACGUGAACGAAUUAUCCAUGCCAAUCAAAUUAUAUCGCUAUUACCGAUUAGGGGACCCACGGCACUAUAAUUUUAAUUGUUUUAUUGUGUUGGGUUUAAUAAUUUUCAUUUGUAAUCUAAAAAGGUGUGGGUGAACAAUUCUGUUUCUCCCCGCGAGUUCUCACGGGAAUUAAAGAUGCACUUGUACAUUUUUCAAAUAUAAAUCUUGUCUAUGAAAUUAUGGUUCAAAUGCAAUUUUUUUUAACAAAAACAAGUUGUAAGCAGUAAGCUUACAUUUAUUAUUGCGGUACGCAAUAAUAAAUUAUCACGAAAUUUGACAACAUUUUCUUACGGAAAAGAUAUUAUACUUAAAAUUUAGGACAUGAGUUUAAAUGGUAACGUCGUCGUAAAUAUUUUUUUGUUUUUCCUAUACGUAUUUUGUGGUUUUUUAAUUAUUAGGAAAACCGUUUGAAAAAUCAAAAAAAAUGAUGUUCUGAAUGCAUUAACUGGAUCCAAGAUACCAUUACGUUCCUCGUUCCGCUCAAAUUUAAAAACAAAUCUACCGAAGCAUCAAUGAGACAAAAUUUGCUACCAGAAUUCUGGAGUUGAUUGGAGUAAUAUUUCUGAUCGAAAGUUGUUUACGUGCAAUAAAAAUACACACAAAUACAUUCAUCACUUCACUUAGGAUUUAAAAAUUUUAGAGAGGAGGCCACCGCACACGCAUAUUGUGUUGUCUUCGGCAUACAAACGUAUGUCAUUGCAAAUUUGAGUACAGCAGAACCGACUUUGUGUUGUUUGUUUUAAUGUUGGACUGAAUCGACCUAUUUUGAAGCUCAAAAGUAAGAACAUUAUUUGCAUGCUAUGUUUACACGAUAAUUUUUCUGAUAUUUCAGUUUUUAAGCGAAAUAUGAGUGUACCUGUGCGAAACAUCUGGCUUAAAAAUUAAAAUAUCGAAUAAAAAUAUCAAAAAAUAUAACGUGCAAUAAGUUUUAUAGUAUAAGGUAAAACUGGUAAAAGUUAUUCGAAUAUUAAUGAAAAAAAAAGCACAAAAUAAUGAUUCUGCUGAAUGUAAAUUUGUUAGGCGUGCUUUCGUAAGACGAUAAAAACAAUUGCGUGUGGGACGCAUCCUUUUGAGUAAAUCGGCAAAUCUAAAUUUAAUAAAAAUUACUCUUGGCGUUGUAUUGUCGUAUUUUAAAUCGUAUGAUUUUUGUUUACAAUUUUCCUAACCGUAUGAUAAUAUAGUAAGUCGUAAAUUAUUUUAGAGAAGACAAACAUCAAUCCAAUUGUGGACAUUAAUAAAUUCAAGAAUUACAAGUCAAUUAACUAUAUAUUUUAACCUAUGAUUUUGUAUUGACAUUAAAAACAUAAUAUAAUAAGUUAGUUUUGAGUAACACAGCGUUAAAUUAAUUUUAACACGAUACUGAGUUUACAAUUUUCACAGCAAUGAAUCGUUUUUGAUUUUUUUUUAAAAAUAUUUUUUUAACUAAUUUGUUUAACAAUAUUUUAGAAAACAGCAACAUGCUGUCCUUGAAAAUACUCUCCAUUAUACAUUUUGUUAUUCGUGUUCAAAUUAUAAUCUCAAUCUAAAUGCUAUAGUUUAUACUCAACGAAACGUAUGCGUGGUUAGACUGUGAUACCGAGACAGUAGAUGCAGGACACCCACGUGUGGUUCCAUCAUAAUAAGUUUGAUGAGUUUUUCAUACCAUAGGAAUUAAUCUUUUUUAUUUUAUAUUGGUUAUAGUAUAUCAAUCAAACUAUUGUUUUUAGAUUCUGAGUGUACAUUCUAAGGAAUGUAUUGGUUUUACAAAGAUUUUUUCUUUUAAUUAUUUUUUUUACAUUGUGUACAAUUCUAACAGAAAUCUCGCUCCGAAGUAUCAAAUAUAGUAUUUUUUCUGAAAGGGAAUUUUCCUAUUGUGCUACUUUAAGGAGGUCAUUUAUGAUUUUCCCAAGAGUUUUCCUAAUAAAUGGGGAAAACAGGGAAAAAAACAGAAAAAAGAUGAGAAAAUGUACGAAAUGUACAUAAGUAUUAGUAAAAAAGUACUACGGCCUUUUUUUUUCCUAUGAACAACUUUUUUAUUUGCAAUUUCACUCUAAUUUACAAUGAUAGUAGUUUUUCUGAAAGGAAAUCUGACUGGGAUGGUAAUUUAAAGCGGUUUUUUGCAGGAGUUUUCCCAAUAAAUAUAAAAACACAGUAAAAACCCGGAAAAUUGAUACAAUAUUAAACAAAUAUUAUUAAAGUAAAUAUAUAAUGCAUAUGUAAUUAUUUCACCAUAAUGUGACAUAUAUAUUGUUGACAAAGCAACACUAUUAACCGAACUCCGCUUAGAAUUGUUUUUUGUUAGCAAUGGUUAAUCGUUGCGUACAGAUAUAUAUUGAAUUUUCUCACACACGUGCGAAGUAUGUUCGUCUUUUUUUUCUUAAAUUUAUUUAAAUCGUCACGAAUAGACAUGAUACGAGACAAAUGUUUUAAUAAUUGAUUUCAUUAUUAUAAUUUUAUAAUUUCAUCACGGAUAUCAAAAUAAUAAGAUUUUUACUGCCCGGUAUUACAAUAAUUUUAUUUGAAAUUUAAUUCUGUCUAAAUAAUUAUAACGAUCUAAGCGUUUCGUUUUUUCGUUUUGUUUUUUUUUUUUUUUAAUUACGAGUAUAAUUUAUGUACACUGUUGAGUAUAAUACAGUGUUAUCGGUUUUUUUGUUACAUUAGUAAUAUUGUUACGUAUACGUGUUACGACAUUGUGAUCAACGCAAUUCCGAAUUAUAUUUCGGGUUAUCCAACUAUUCUAUAACGCUAUAGGCAAAUGGAAUAUAAUAAUUUGAUUGAUAUUUUGUGUAUACCGAGUAUUUAUAAUAGAAUUACACGAACUAGCAAACGGAUAUGUUUGUUUAGCUGAGGUAUCCGAAUGAGCAAUCUGUAAUUUACAUCAUAAUAUUAAAAAAAUAAAAAAGCUGAUAUACUACUGAUAGAUUUACCGCAAAAAAAAAAGCGAAUACUACUGAUGGGUGUGCCACUGUUGUUGGUGGGAAGUUGAGAAGGUAGAAUGCAUACAAUUGUUUAAUUUUUAUCUGUAUGCAACGAUAAACUAUUGCUGACGAUGUUCAGUUAUACACGUUUUUAAUUGUCGUAUUUUUAAAGAUUUCAUCAAAAUUUGAUAUCAAAACUUUUAUGCAACAAAAACUUUUACAUAAUACUCUAAUUUGUUUUACUACUAAAUACAACUUAUAAUAAACCACGUGUCAAAUUCUCAAGCCUUUUUGUUUGGUUAAACAAUUUUAUCCAUAUAAUAGAUACUUAAUCAAAUACAAAUUCAACAAAAUGCUUAUAAGGAGUUCAAUAAUUACGUAUAGAAAAGGUUAAUAUAAGUCAGAAUAUAUUUUCUAUGAACAUUUUAGCUUUAUACGAUAAUUUUUAACCGAUUCACAACAAAAAACCCAAAAUUGAAAAUAACAAAACUAUUAAUGUUAUUAACUUUUCUGUAUUUCCUACGAUUUUUUUUUCGAGUUUUCACAAUUAUUAUGCAAACUGGUUGUAAAAUCAAAAUAUGACUUUCUUAUUUAUGGAAUAAAUUAAAAAUGCAAAACAAAUGCAACGAAAAAUUUAUUUUAUUGUUUGGAGCAAUAUUUCUUGUACAAAACAUUAUUUGUAAAAAUUUUAAAUAAUAAAAUCAUAAAGUCGUGAUCAAUUGUCUGUUUUUAUUUUGUUCCUUUUUCCAUGUUUUCUCAAUUAUUAUGAAAACUGUUUUGAAAAUGUAGUACACCAACUAGAUCCGAAAUCAAAAAGUAGUUUCUUGUUGCAAAAUUUCUGAUAAAACUAUUUCUCUCCCUCGACCUAAAUUUAAAAAUGGAAUAUCUCGUCAACGGGUUGACAAAAAACAAAAAUGUUAAUAUCAAAAUUCAUUUCAAGUAAUGCUCCAUCAAUCUGUGAAAUGUAUAAUAUAGGUUGCCAUUUGAAAAUCAAAAGUAGGUUUCAAAAUGGUUUCAACCCUAAAUAUAAGAGUGAAAAAAAAUAACAGUUAUGUAAAGUUGUAGAGCUGUUUGUUUCUUUGAUUUUCUAUAAAACAUAUUCCGAAAAAAGUUAAUAUUUUCCGUGAUAAUGAGUGUCUUACGCAAGAUUGAUCACUCUGUAUAGUAACGUUUAAAUGUGAGUUCCCACGGCCCGUGGCUAAGCGGACUUGGCGCGGUACGCUUGUUGUACCGAGCUUACCAGAGGUUAAUGUGGGAAAAAAAAAUCGAAGUGUGACUAUAUUUACCAAAAAUUGAAGGCCAAUAACUAACUAAACCUAAUAAAACUAAUAAUAAUUAUUUCGUUUUAAAUCACCUAACUUUUAAUUGACUUCAUUAAUAAAAACCUAUGCAAAUAGAUUAACCACUGUAUACAAAUAUUAUGAUUUAUCUCGUUCUACAUUUUUAUACUAGGAUUAUCGGGAAAUCUAUGUGAAAAAAAGAUUUUUGUUAUCUAUUUAAAGUUUGAUACGUCGCAUAUUAUCCGCCGGUCGAGUAAAAAUAUACUUAUAGGUACUUAGCAGUAUAGAGGUACAAAAUGAGUUAAAUUCGGGAACAUUCGGAACGUGUUUCUAUACGUACUUACUAUCGAAAGACCAAUCGAUUUUAAUUCUGUUGCAAAUUAAAAUUCGUACUUUUUACUAUCCGCAAUAGUACAAACGAUUGCGGAUUUGUGGGGAGAGGAGACAUGGCGAUCGCUCCCCCCUUUGGUCUUUUUUGUUAGACUUGAACUAAAGCCGUAUAUGCAUCUCAUAAGUCAUAAGUAGAAACCGGAUUUAUAUGUUUUUAAAAUCCACAAAAAAUUAUUCGAAAACGUUAAAAAAGCCUUGAAAAGAACACUUUAAAAAUAUUUAAAAAAGUAAAAAUAAUAGAUCGGUUUAAAAGUCUUUUAACGGAUUUAGUUUAUAAAAUAGAAUUUUCUAACACUACAAAAAUGAUUAAUAAAAAGUAAUUCUUUUUUGUAAUAUAUACGAUUUUAUUUAAAAGAAAUUAUUUUGUGUGAAUAAUUUUUGUAGUGUCUAGGCAAUUUAACUUAAUAAGUUAGAACUAUAAUAGAGCUUUUAAACUCGUCUAUCAUUUUUGCUUUUUUUAAAUGUUUGUAAGUGUUCAGUUUUCAGGGACUUUUUUACGUUUUAAAGCGCGUUUUUGUGAUUAUAAGAGAAUAUAAAUCCAGUGUCUAUUCAUAAACUCAUAACUAUAACUUCAAAAUAUAUUAAAUGAAAUUGAUACUCUACUAUAACAAUGUGAUCUUCUGAUAUUUUUAAUUAUAUUUUCAAGACAUAUUAUUGAAUUUAAAUAGUAUUAUGUUUAAAACAAAUUAAUUAUGACCAUAUUUUUUAGUAGACAGCGGUUACAGCUGUUUAUAGAUAACAGAUAAAAUAAUUUUACCAUCACCGUCAUAUCAAUCUGGAAUCACUUAAUUUUUAUAAAAUAGAUAUUCUGUUUUCUGUUUACUAUGUAGAUAUUAAAAUUUUAUAGGCUAUCUCUCGAUAGUUUUAAAAUAAUUUUGUAAAAAAUUAUUUGUAAAUGUAUAAAGAAAAACGUAUGGAAUGGGAUUACUAAAUACUUUUAUCUCAAAAUUUCGAAGUGUAAAAGACUAUUUAACUGGGUACUUGACACGUGUCCAGUAGUCCAGAGCUCCUUGAAAUUAUUAAAAAGUUUAAAAAAAAUACAAACGUGUUAUAUAUUAAAUCUAAUUUGGUCCUCUUCCCCCAAAUUUAUUUUCAGUUGUGGCUUUAUUAGUAUCUAUGACACUAAUUCACCCUGUCCAUAAAUGGACUUCAGAUUCACUACUGGUGGCAAAUUACAUAUAUAAUUAUUAAAUAUAGACUGAAAAACGCGCGACCAAUUCAAUUUGAAAAUGUAAAAUAAAAUCACAUACCUACAUGGAAUGUUCGAGCGAAAUACAAUAUAUGAGAUGUUUCCCCCACCAGAGUACUGAGUUUACCUACAUAUUAACUAUAGUUUUUUUAUUCAUUUCAUUUUAUUCGAUAGUAGGGUAAUAAUAUUUUAUUUUCGUCAGAGGUCGAUAUAAUAAUAUUAGAAAAAUAUUAUUCUAUCGUGCAUUGUAAAGUUAAAACUCGAUUGGUUUAUGAUUAAAUUCCUUUACUAAGCUACUAAAGGUGCCAAAUUAAUAAUACAAAAAAUCUAUGAAAUCUAUGUAAAUGCAUUGUUAUUGUUUUAAACAUAAUAUUAUUAUCGAACGAGUUAUAGGCACGCAAGAAUUUCUCGAAUAUAUUAUCUAUAUCAAAAUAUAACAGCGUUUAUGUUUUUGUUUCAAUCACUUAUCAUUAAAAUUAGUAUUAUGUAUGGCGUACGUUGUUUCUUUUUUCUACUGCAAUCAAGAAACCGUAAAAUGUUAACUAUUUUUUUUUCAUCCGUUUAUUUAAAAACCAAGUCAGUAAAAAUAUCAGUUAUUAAACAAAUAUAAAUACAAUUUAACUGUGAUAAUUCCUGAUAACUUUCCAUAUAAUUUUAGAAUGAAACAUUUUUUUUAUAUAUGUAAACAUAUCUAUUUUGUAUAUAUUACAAAUCAUAUAAAUUAUCAUUCAAUUGAUAUAAUCUUAUACUGAUCUUGCCAUCAAUAAUAGUUUGUUUUUAUUGUAUUUCUUAGGUGACCAUGGACGCUGGCAGUAAAUUAAAACAGUUCGAUAAUCCACGAAUCAGAGCGAACAUUCUUGAAAUGCUUACAUUUAGGUAAAUUUAUGAAAUCAACUUUCGUACAUUUAAUUACAUUUAUGUAGGUACCUACAUAAUACCCAUAAAUUCAAUUUCGAUGUUUUUAAAUUUUUAAUUAAACUAAACUAAAUUGCAUAAAUUUCAAUAAACAAUUUUAUGUAGGUAUAUUGUAUUUUGUAUUUUAAUUGUGAUAAUAAUACAUAUUUAUUCGUCGUAUAUUUAUUUGAUUUAGUUGGCUUUUUGACAUAUUCAAAACCGGAUAUAAAAGGGAUUUAGAAGAAACAGAUUUGUAUUUGACAAUGAAUACACAUAAAGCGUCAUAUCUAGGCAGUGUUCUAGAAAAGUAACGUAUACCCAUCACAGACAUUAAAUUUUUUAUGUUAAACUAUUGAUCAAUUUAUCCACGAUUAAGGAAAUGGAAAGCGGAAUUAAUCUAUGCCAAAAAUGCAAACCGAAAGCCUAGUUUAUUGAGAGUUUUAAUUCGGAUAUUUGGUCCGACGUUAAUGUUUUACGGAUCGUUACAAGUGUUCACUGAAAUUGGAUUAAGGUAAAAAUUCUAAAAUUCUAUUUGUUCAACAAUUUCCUACUACUACUUGCAAUAUUAAGAUAGGUGUAACUUGUAAAAAAUCUGCUUUGGUUGAUUAGCUAUUAUUUGCUUAUAGUGGAGAGUACGAGGUUAAAGUUAAGAUCGAAUAAUCUUUGAUCUUAAUAAUAUAUUUGGUUUGAUAAAAGAAUAUUAUUAUAUGAUAAAUUCAAAUAUUGCCAUUUUUCAGUAUUAAAAUGAUUACGUUACAUCGGAAUUUUUCGUCUUUGUCUAUCUAUAACGAACAAUAUAGCAAAAAAUAUGUUACUUUUAAUCGUAAAUAGGCUCUACAAUCGACUUAAAACAAAAAAUAAUUCACCACAGAUAUCGAAAAAAUGUCAAAUGUCAUUGUUUUUAAUUUAGUGAAAUAAUUUUUGUUUAAAGUCCAUUAGAGACUAACUACUGUAUUUAGAACAUUUUUGUUUUUUGUUGUGUUGCCUUUUAGAUAGAUAAAGCUGUCAAAUGCCGAUGUAAAUGGCUUUUUAAAUUGUUUUAAAUACAUAUCGACAUUAUUACUUCAAUAAUUUUGAUCACAUAUUACAUAUGUAGUGGAUAAAUUAAAGUUUCCAUCAAUGUAUCGUUUUAAUACACUUAUUUGAGUAGGUAAGUAUUCGUUAUUUAUUUAAAAUUUAUAUUAUAAAUUAAUAAUGUAAUAUAAUACAUUAUUGCAUAAUACAUAUUAUUAUAUUAUAAUAUUUUGAUAAAUCGGGUUUUCAAUAAUUAUAAAUUAUUAUAAUUUAGACCGUAUUUAAAAUACUAAUCAGUAAUAUUACUCCUAUAAUAAUUUAAUAAUUAUAUGUAUAAUAUGCAGCUGAUUAAAAAUAGCCUUGGCACGUCUAAAUUUGUAAGAAAAUCGAACAAGUGGUAUAAUUCUUUGUUACCUCUUGAUCACAGAUUUCUACUAUCUUAUAUUUAUCUGCGCUUUAGACAGAAGACACGAUACAUUAUAUUAUACGAUAAGCACCCGGUGAAAAAAAUAUUUAAAACUUGUCUGUGGACUAGAAAAUGAAAAAUACAAAAAAAUACUAUGAAAAUUAUUAUUAAAUGUACGGUAUAAUUAUUUAAUUAGGCUGUACGACGUUGAGAACGUCAUAAUAUCUAUAAUAUAUUAUGAGCCUGCUAGGGUCGACCGACACUUCAAAUAAUAAACCUGGAGUUGGAUUGGGCUUUUUAAGAAUUUACGUCGGACUGGACCUAGACUUUUUUAUAUCGUUUUUGGCUUGGUGUUUGAACAUUUAUGAUAAGUUCACAUAUCAACGUUAGUAUAAUAAAACUAUUUAUACAUUAUUAUGUGAACUGUUGUUCACUACUAAAAUAUAAUAUAUCAUUAUUAUUUUUAAUACCUCAUAGCUUUUGGGCCAGGUUUGGGCUUUUUUAUCACAAAAUGUUUUGUACCGGACUGACAGGUCUUCAAAAAAAUGUCCUUGGAUCAAACCGAUCAAAAAUUGAUGACCCUUGCAGGUCUAUAAUAUAUUUAAAGGUAUAUAUAUAUAUAUAUAUGAAUUUAAAAUAAGACGGACAUACUUCGCAUCACGGGUGGGCCACUGUUAUAAGUGAGCAGUUGGGAAUAUAGAAUAUAGAGGGAAAUUUAAUAACUGUACCUAACAAAAGACCAUUGCUAACGAAAAACGAUUCAAAAUGAAGUUUCUUUUAUAUAUGUACGUAAAUUUUCCCGUUUUUCCUACGUUUUUUCCCGGUUUUUCCAAAUUAUUUUCAAAACCAUUGGGAAAAUCAAAAAACAACCCAAAAAAAUUUCCUUUCAGAAAAAGUACUACACUUGAAAAUCGGAGCAAGAUUUCUGAUAGAAAAGUUAUUCACAGACAAAAAAAAAAAUGUAAAACCAAUACAUUCCUCACUACGUCCCGAAUCUAAAAUAUUUAUUAAUCGUAUGUUUAUGUGGGUGUAAUCAAAUAUUGCAGUAAGGUUAAAAAUGUAUGUACAGUUUGGUCAAUCUGUACUUGGGUUACUUCAUGGUCGAGCUUCAUUUAGGUGAAAUAAGAAUAUUUGAAAAAAAAAAACUUAAUUUAGAUUUCUACUGUUAUUUUGUUUGUAUUUAGCAUUUAUUUUAUAGUAUCUACUUGUAAUUUUAAUUGUUAAAUUUUCUAUGAAAAGACUCUCAUUUGCAAUUAUAUUUCUUUGACUAGAGAGUGUGUUCAAAACCUAUACAGUAGUAGGAUAAAAUGAUUCAUUAGAAAUAUUAACUAUCUCCUAAAUCAUUUAUCAUUAUUCUAUAUCAUUAAUCUUUUGAACAGCAUUACCUUUUGAAAUAAUUGACAUAAAUACUUUUGUACAAUAAUCGCCAACAUCAACCUAAUUUAAAAAACAAAACAUAUUACGGAGCCAUUUUCAAAUUUCUGUUUUAGAUUUGUACAAAAAAUAUUUUUUUUACGUAAAUACAGUUCGAUCAUUAUUUGUUUUCGACCCGAGUGCCAUUCUUUAUUUUUCAACCCAAGUUUGAUAAGACUAAAAUAACUAAAAUUCGACCCAAUUUGUUAAUGUGUACUCGCAUGUAUAGGAUUUCUCGGCCUCUGUUCAUUGGCGGGUUAUUGGCGUAUUUCAACCCUGUUGGAUUAGAAGUUCCCCAAAAAAAAUACGCUUAUUAUUAUGCUGUCGGCCUGGUAUUAAACAUGUCGAUCACUACUCUGCUGCACCAUUACUUACAAAUGGAAUUGGAACACUGUGGAAUGAAAAUACGAGUCGCGUGCUGCUCGCAAGUAUAUAAAAAGGUAACCUUAGAUCAAUUGACAAUAAUUUACGUCUCAUGACAAUAUAAAUACAAUAGAUACAUAUAGAUAUAUAUUUGUUUUAAUUUUAAUAUUACUUCAAACGACAACUCUUGAAUUUCUCCUUCAUAGGUUAAAUACGUUCAUAGAUUAGUUAGAUUAGUAAAUACAAGCAAUAUGUAGACAAUCAAACGUAAUACUUAAAUUUUUAAAAUUCGUUUUGAUAUAAAGAAUAUUAAUAAAAACAUAAAUAUAUGUGCACAAAAUAGGUAUUAUUUUUUGUUUAAACCCCCAGGCGUUGUGAAUUUAAUAAAAUGUAAUUGAAUGUUAUUCAACGAUAUUUUUAUUGUUAAUAUCUGUAUAGAGUGAUUAAUUUAUAGUUAAACACUCAUUAUUUUACAAAGUAUUAACGUUUUUCUAAAAAAGUAAACACAAUAAAUAAAUUGUUAUCUACACGGUUACAUUUUAUGUAUUUCAUCAGAAAAACUUAAAAAUAAAUAUUUCAAAUUUCAGAAGCAAAUCUAAAAAAGGUAAUAUAUACGUUAAGGUAAUUUCUUUUUUUUUUCACAUUUUUUAAUAUCAGUUUAUUACUGUUAAACCUAAUAAUUUAUUUUUUCUAUUCAGGCGUUAAAAUUAAGUAGAUCUUCUCUCGGUAAAACUACAGUUGGUCAAGUAGUAAAUUUGAUAUCAAAUGAUGUAGGUCGAUUUGACGUAGCAUUGAAGUGUGUGAACUUUUUAUGGAUCGGUCCAUUGGGAACGAUCGUGAUCACGUAUUUUAUGUGGCGCGAAAUCGGUAUAUCGUCAAUUAUUGGAGUAGCUGGAUUGCUCAUGGUUACUCCGGUACAAGGUUUAUAUAUAAUCCAUUAAAUAAAAUGUUGGAAUAUUAAUAUGAGUAUAAAUAAUUUUAUACAAAUUUAAUUGUUGCAGCGUGGAUGGGAACAGAAACAUCGAAAUGUCGAUUAAAGAUAGCCCCUAGGACCGACGAGAGAGUGAAGUUAAUGAACGAAAUCAUAUCAGGAAUACAAGUGAUUAAAAUGUAUACUUGGGAACAACCGUUUGCCUAUCUAAUCAAGAUCGCCAGAAAGUAUGUGCUUUGAUGUUGUAUAAAAUUAUUAUACCUUAUUAAUAUUAUGUAUUUGAAUUAUUAAAGAAAGGAACUUCAAGAGAUUAAAAAAGCAUCGUAUAUCAGAAUUGGUCUUCAAUCGUUCAGAUUAAUUCAUACUAAGAUGUCAUUUUUUAUUAGUAUUCUAGUAUACAUGAUGCUAGGAAACAACGUCACUGCCAAAAAAGUAAAUCAAAUUAUAAAAUAUGACAUGUAAACUUUACAUACAAAAUUUACAUCAAUUAAAUUGAUUUAAAUACCUAUGCUAUAAUUGUAAUUAAUAGGUAUUCGUUGUGCUUAUGUACUACAAUAUUAUGUCUAUAAUGACGGUCAUUUUUCCACAAGGUAUCGUAAUGUUAGCCGAUAUGCUGAUAUCCGUUAAACGUAUUCAGGUAUAUAACCUAUAAUAAUAUAAUUACAAUUCAAAUAAACUAUCUUUAAAACAAAAACUGAAUCAUUAAAAAUAAAUUAAACUUGGUAAUUAUUUUUAAUAGAAUUUUCUAUUAAAUGACGAGAAAAUGAAACAAAUAACAUCACAAAAAGCUCAAGACAAAUCUACUAAUGGUGUAAAACUUUCAAAAAUAAACGGUGAAAAUGCUGCGAUUAAUAACAAAAUUAUUGAAAACCACACUCAAAAAUCAAACGAUUACGGAAUAGUCGCUACUAAUGCUUCUGCUAAAUGGAUAGAAAAUCAAUCUGAAAAUUCUUUAAAUAAUAUUAAUUUAACCGUAAGACCCGGUCGGUUGGUUGCAAUAAUUGGACCAGUAGGCGCUGGAAAAGUAAAAAAGAACUAUGGAGAAUAAUAUUUGGAUAAUAUAAUUAAUUACUAGUUAUUUCCAGAGUUCAUUGUUUCAAGCUAUUUUACAAGAGUUACCGCUUUCCAAAGGAAACAUUUCCAUACGCGGAGUUGUAUCUUAUGCGUCACAGGAAUCGUGGUUAUUUAAUGCUUCAGUGCAACAAAAUAUUCUAUUCGGUUCACCAAUGAACAAAGAACGUUAUAAAGAAGUAAAAGAUCUUUUUUUUUUUAGAAGAUUUACCUAAUUGUUUACAGAAUGGUUUUAAAUUGCAUAAAUACGAGUAUUUGUUAAUUAGGUCAUAGAUGUAUGUGCAUUAAAAACGGAUUUUGUACAGCUACCGUUCGGCGACAAAUCAAUAGUGGGAGAAAGAGGAGUGUCUCUUAGCGGUGGUCAAAAAGCAAGAAUAAAUUUAGCAAGGUAAGUAGAAAGUCUUUCGUAAUUUAAAAAUAUUAUCAUCAUAUUAAAUUGUUUUCAAUUUUAGAGCUGUAUAUAAACAAGCGGAUAUUUAUUUACUUGACGAUCCUCUAUCGGCUGUCGAUACACUAGUUGGCCAACAUUUGUUUGAUAAAUGUAUCAAAGGUAUCAAUGCUCAUAAAAUUAUUAGUUUAACAAACAUUGACGGUGCAUAACUAUUUUACAGGUUACCUUAAGGACAAAUCUUGUAUUCUUAUUACACAUCAAGUACAAUACUUAACAAGUGUAGAUCAUAUUGUUUUGAUGGAAAAUGUCAGUAAUAAUUAUAAUUAGGUUUUAUUCAUUUGAUUUCAUCUAUUUUAGUUUUUUUGUUUAUAGGCACAUAUAUUAGCUGAGGGCUCGUAUCAGGAACUUCGGGCUUCUAAUUUGGGCUUUACAAAAUUGCUUGAAUUUUCAAAAGAAUCUGAUGGGGAAACUAAUAAUAAGAAUGAAUCUCAUUUAUAUUUAGAGGUUCCUCUUGUUUCACCUUUGAAAGAUUCAAUGCUUAGUAUUUCAUCGUCUAUUGAUGAAAAUGGCAAAUGCGAUAAGGCCAAUGAAGAACCCGUCGAAAUCGCUGAAUCUCGUUCUUUCGGAAAUGUUUCACGUGAAGUUUAUUUUUCAUAUAUUACUGCAGGUGGAAAUGCCUUUAGGAUAUUUUGUUUAGUAUGUAUAUGUAUACUAACUCAAGUGCUGUGUACCGGAGGAGCUUGUUGGAUAAGUUAUUGGUAGAUACUUACUUUAUACAACUAAAGUUAAAGCAAUAAGUAAAUUUGUAAAAAAAAAUAUUUUUAGGGUUAACCUAGAAGACAACUUUUUCCAUAAAGAAGCGAAUAUAACUUCUUCUACAAUGAAUAAUAACACAAAUAGUUACAAAUCUCCUAAAACAUUUUUAUGGUGGUCAAUUACUCGUCAAUAUUGUAUCAUAGUUUAUGGUCUCAUAAACAUAAUGACCGUAGUUAUUGUCGUCAUCAGAUGUGUCUUAUUUGUAUCGUUUUUCAUGGGUUCGUCUAUGAAUUUACACAACAGUAUGUUUAAUUCAAUAACAAAGGCCACAAUGUACUUUUUUAAUACAAAUUCAUCUGGUAAUGAAUAUGCUAUAUAUAUUGUUAAAUACAUUUAAUAUUAACACUCAAUUUUUAUCAGGAAGAAUUCUCAAUCGGUUUACUAAAGACAUGGGAGUAAUUGACGAGAUGAUACAAAUGCCCUUAAUGGACUUCGUAAAUGUAAUCAAUCAUGCUAUUAUAUUUUGCUAUACAUAAAACAUAAAACUAAUAAGAUAAUGUUUUAUUUAUUUUACUAGACUCUUUUGUCACUAAUCGGAACUUUAAUCGUUGUUGGAGGUAUCAACCAUUAUCUUAUGAUACCGACGUUCUUUAUAGGCAUAUUCUAUUAUUAUACCAUAGUGAUUUAUUUAUCGACAUCCCGUAGUACUAAACGAUUGGAAGGCGUUUGUAAGCAUUUAAAUGUAUUUUUACAUAAUUGAUAUUAAAAAGUUAAAGAAAUUCUUUACUUAUUAUUAUAUUUAUAAUUCAAAUAUAUACAGCUCGGAGUUCUGUCUAUGGACAUAUGAACGCAUCUCUCCAGGGUUUGACUACAAUUAGAGCGUUCGAAGCAGAAGAUAUUUUGUCCAAAGAAUUCGAUAACUAUCAAGUAAGUAAAACGGAGUAUCACUAAUAUAAAAUAUUGAUUAUAAUUACAAUAGUUUCUUUGACCUCAUAUUAGGAUUUAAAUUCAUCAGCUUGGUAUUUAUUCAUUUCUUCGAGUCAUGCGUUUGGUUUUGCAUUGGACACGAUCUGUCUUAUUUAUAUAAGUCUUUUAUGUUUUAUUUUUCUAUCCGUCGACAAGGGUAAAAUAUAUUUAAAAUAAUCGCUUGAUAUAUAUAUAUCAAUGUUAUAUAAAUAUAUAUAUUUAAUAUUUUAGAAUCAAAUGGUGGAGGGCAUUUUGGACUGAUCAUAACACAGGCAAUGGGGUUGAUGAAUAGGCUCCAAUGGGGAAUAAGACAAUCAGCUGAGUUAGAAAAUCAAAUGACAUCUGUUGAAAGAGUACUCGAGUAUAAAAACGUGGCACAAGAAGUUGGUUAUGAAUCUUCACUAGGUAAUAAGUAUUGUAUUUCUUAAAAGAACUAUAAAUAUGUAUUUAAACGAGAGUUUAUAUUAUUUAAAAUAUUAUUUGAAUAAUACAAUUUUAAUUAAGUUUAUUUACUAUUGUUGUUUUUUUUUUUUUUGUUUUAGAUAAAAAACCACCAAAAGAAUGGCCCAGUAAAGGUCAAAUCGUAUUCCACCAAUAUUGUCUACAGUACAGCCCCGAAACGCCGUAUGUUUUAAAAAAUAUCAAUGUUAAAAUUGAUCCAUUAGAAAAGGUAAUUUGUAUGAUCCUAAACAUAUUUAGUUGCUUAAUGGUGUUGUGUAUCGUACAUUUAGGUCGGAAUCGUUGGCAGAACUGGCGCAGGAAAAUCGUCCUUGAUUAGCGCAUUAUUUAGAUUAUCACUGCAUGAUGGUAAUAUCAUUAUUGAUGACUUAGAAAUACACGAAUUGGGAUUACAAGAUUUACGUUCUAAACUUUCAAUCAUUCCUCAAGAACCGGUUUUAUUUUCUGGGACAAUGCGAAAAAAUCUGGAUCCUUUUGACCAAUUUUCCGAUCAUGAUCUCUGGAACACUUUAGAUGAAGUAAAUAACAUAUUAUUUUUCGGUUAAAUGUAAUGGUAAUUAUAUUGUUAUGUUACACCAAUACCUACUAAUGGCUCAUAACAACGAAUAACAAAUUCUUAUUGUAAUCUGUAACGGUUACAUUAAUAGUACACUAUAUAUAUAUAUAUAUAUAUACAUAUUAGGGUGAUCCUUAUUUUGCGAGUUUCAUAAUUUUCUUCGGGACACCAAUCUAUCUUGUGUCGUAUAUAAAAAAAAAUAUCCUCAAAGUUUGAGGCCAUUUAGAAAAUAUUAAAUGGAGGACUGGAAGCAUGUGGCAUUUUAAUAUAAAAAAGAUGAAAUCGAUAAAAAUAGUGUACAAGUGACCAUAGAUCGUUAAGAAUUCAUUUUUUAAAUAAAAAACUAAGGACCUAUUUUAAUCGUAAGAUCUUAAUGUCCGUUUUUAUUCCAUAUGUGGGGAUAUAUUAAUUGAAGCCACUAAAAAGUUAAUAAAUUGUUUAUUAUUAUACCUAAUAGCUAUUUGUCACUAUUUUAUAAUACAUUUGAGAGGCAUAUACGUAGUGUUUUAUGAAAAUUUCUAGAGACCAAAAAUAAAUUAAAAUUGUCAAGUUUUUCGUCUUAUCAAGAUUCGAGUUAUUUUGAUUUGCGACUCUACUGCAUUUUAUUAUUAGUAUAAAUUUAACUAUUUUAAUAUAGAAAUAUUUGGUAAUUUCUUAGGGAAAUACUAAUUUCAGUUGGUUUUUGAAUCUCUUGAACAAUCUAUUUCUUAUGUAAAUGGUAUCAAAAAGAUUCUAAUAUCUUAGGAUUAAAAUAGUUUCUUUGUUUUUUAUCAAAAAAAAAAACCAUUUCUAAACGAUCCAAUGGCAGUCAAAUGAUUUUGUCAAGGGGGAGAUAAGGAUAAUUUUUAAGAACGAUUCACAUAGUUUUUUUUUAUAACUAUGAAGAAUUGAAAAUAUAACAUAAUAUACAGGAUGAUUUAAGUGUGCUUAUUCCAUUUUUAUAUUUAAAUUAUGCAGAAAUUCAAAUUCUGAUUUUCGGAAUUUUUAAGUGCAUUAAACGCCGAUAUUUUCAUACGAUAUUCUAAGUAUACACUUAGAUUUUUCACGGCAUUUAAGAAGUAUACUGUGAUCAUAACAAGUUUGAUUUUUUAAAUAAGAACCUACAUGUUUUGUUGCAAAUUAUUAAUUAGAUUAUUUUUUUUUUAAUGUUGACGGAAUUUAAACGAAAUUUGAAUGAAAAGUCUCUGAGUUGUUCUGUUUUAAAUACUAAGGAUAAUAGCAUAUUUUGGAUAUUUGAUACCAGUACUGUUAAAUGUGUAUAAGUUAUUUCUUAUAUUUAAUCGUGCAGUUAGUGCCCUUAGUAUUUAAGCACAGAAACUUUUCGAUCAAAUUUCGUGUAAGUACGUUAACAUUUUCAUAAAGAUCACCUGAUUGACAAUUUACAUUAAAACAUGUAGGUUCUCAUUAAAAAAAAAAAACAAAUUCGGUGUUACAUAAGGUUACUCUUUAAGUAUCGUAAAAAAUCUAAGUAUUCGAAAAUAUCAUCUUUCAUUACACUUAAAUAUUCCAAAUAUCAGAAUUUAAACGUAUGCAUAAUUUAACUAUAAAAAUGGGAUAAACACUGAGCAUGCUUAAAAAUCCGCCUGUAUAUUAUUAUGCAUUUAAAGAAAAAUGACUUAAUGGGAGAAUAUGUCACCAUCAUUUCUUCCUACUUGAUCGCUCCUGAAACCAUCUAGAAACCAUCUAUGGUUGUUUGUAUAUUAUUUUCAUUGAUUUCAUUCAAUGUUUUUGUUACUAAAUAUUGAAACGCUGCGCGCUUCCACGGAAUGUUAUCCAAAUGGUCUCAAAUUUUGAGGAUAAUUUUUUUUACUAAACGAUACAAAAUAGGUGGAUAUCCUGAAGGAAAUGUUUAAAUUGGCAAAUAUUUUUAGGUGCAACUUAAAGAAGUUGUGGAAGAUUUACCCAACGGCCUGAACUCAAAUAUGUUCGAAGGUGGUUCUAAUUUUAGCGUUGGUCAGAGACAGUUAGUGUGUUUGGCUAGAGCCAUAUUGCGAAGUAACAAAAUUCUCAUACUGGACGAAGCUACAGCCAAUGUUGAUUCACAGUAAUACACACUUUGAAUUUAUUAUUUUAUAAAACAAAUUAGUAUUAUUAUUAGUGUUAGGACUAUAUAAUGCCGUUCUGUUUGUUUUCAGGACUGAUGCGUUAAUUCAGAAUACUAUUAAGAAAAAAUUCCAAAAUUGUACGGUUUUAACAAUUGCUCAUCGUUUGAAUACUGUUAUGGAUUCUGACAAGGUGCUCGUCAUGGACACCGGUACAAUGGUCGAGUUCGACCAUCCAUAUAAUUUAUUAAGAAAUAAAAAUGGAUAUUUGUACAAAAUGGUGGAACAAACAGGACGGGCUACAGCCGAUUGGCUGCAUAGUAUAGCGGAAGAGGUACCUAUAAUUUCCUCUUGUUAUACCUUUUAUUGGUAUAUAUUUUAUCUGAUUAAUUAAUCGAGAUGUAUUUACAUAUUUGCAGAGUUAUAGAACGAAGAACACGACGACUAAUCUCCCGAUUGGCUAUGAGAAAUACGUUACGAAUCGAUAAUAAUAAGUAUUAUUGUGUUUUCGUAUAGCAGUUCAACAUAAUAUUAUAAAACAACUGUUGAACUCCAGGAAAUAGAAUUUGUAUAACAUGACACAAGUCAUAUAUUGUAUAAUAUAUAAAAUAUUUUGGUUUUUCUUGUAUUCAAGAAAAAUCAUAAUUAUCCUACGUUUUAUUGUAGAGAAUUAAUUUACUACUUAGUGGUAUCUAUUGAAUCUCACUUUAUGUAUAAAAAUACACGUAUAUUAUUAAUUCUUUGUAGGUAUAUAUGUAUAUUAUUUAGUUUUUGAGUAUUAACAUAUUAUUAUAUAUUUUUAAAUAUUUGGUAAUUUUAAUUAUUUUGAAUUGUGUUUAAGUUCAUCGGUUUCCUUUGCUCGUUUAAGUAUAAAACCAAAAGAGCCAUACUGUUAUCAAAAUCAGAAACGAAACAGUUUCCCAACUUCCUUAAUAAAACCCAAGUGCUACGCCAAAAAUGGUAUAAAUUAUAGAUUUAAAUAAAUUAUUGAAAAGUAAUUUUCAGAUUUGAAUUUCAGAUUCUGAGCGCACGAGGAACGUAUCGGUUCAACUAA